AUGGCGGAGACAAAAAUAAUCUAUCACAUUGACGAAGAGGAGACCCCUUAUCUGGUGAAAUUGCCCGUCUCCCCGGAAAAAGUCACUUUGGCAGAUUUUAAAAAUGUCCUCAGCAACCGGCCGGUGCAUAACUACAAAUUUUUCUUCAAAUCUAUGGAUCAGGAUUUUGGGUAAGUUGGCAUUCUGUUUUUAUUUGGCGUUGAAAAUUUUUUAAAAAAAAAAGGGGGGGGGAGGACGUUUGGAAACCCAGAUCUGCCUUGCCACGUUCCUGUGUGUUUGCAUGAUUGCCUGAACGCGGCGUGACUUGUGCCUUUCUUAAAAUGUGGCGAGCUUUCAAAUCUGCUGGGGUUUGUGAAACAGCCCCCACUCGCCCCUAUCACCAGGUUUACGCAAAGCUACUCUGAAUCCACACCAGAGGCUUCCCUCUGCCGUUAUACAUGUCAACCUUUGUGGGGUCGGGGGGGGGGGAGAAGGGUGGUGUUUGGAAAUGACAUACAUUAAUAUCACGGUUGUGAAAAAGGAGGGGGGGUGACAUAUUCCACCCUCCCCUUUGGGUGUCAAAGGAAAACUGGAUCUGAAAUUGUGGAUUUCUUGCUUUCUGGUGGCUUUGAUCAGAUAAAGGGGACUCUCAGGGAAAGGGAAAGGCUCCCGAUUUUACGUGGUUUACCAUUCUGGAAGGGGUUGGUGAAGGUUUAAAGCCUGGAGGGGGAUGGCUGCGGGGCGUCCGGAUUUCCCGAAACGUGGGUCUCUGGGGAGAAUCGGUGGGUCCGUGAUGAUCAUGGCUAAAAGUUCUGGGAGCAAAAAAAAAGGGGUUGCCUCCAACUCGGACCCUCCUCAGAGUAGACCUAUUGAAAGGAAUGGGCCUAAAGUUGGCCAUGUGCCGAUCAGUUCCCAUGGGUCUGCCGCUAAGCAGGAGCAGCACUGGAUCCAACCCAAAAGGUGUGAGGGGCCUCCUUGCCUUACCUGCUCAUAAAGGUGUUGCUUUCUGAAAUCUGGGUUGCCAGUAGGGGUUUGUGUUUGGCUGUAGACUUCUGGGGUCAGUUGUUUUUUUAAGAAGAUGCUAAGCCCCUCCACUGGGCAUUUCCUGCUUACAAAGAGAGGUUCAGGGAGGCUGUGGGUGUCCCCUCUCCCAGAUCUUUUGGAGUGGAAGGGGUGUGUGAAUUUCUGUAGGUGCCGUUGGUGGGUGGGUCCUUUUUUCUUUCUUUUUUACUAUUUCUGCCUUGGCAGUGCCCCAGAGAUGAACAAAUUGUAACCCAGGGAACGGCCACGGCUACUGCUUUGGCCUCAGAAGGUCCCUGGUUCAAAUCCCAGUGGCACCCCCAGAUAGAACUGGGAGAGGCUUCCUGCCUGAAACUCUGGGGAGAUGCUGCCAGUCAGUGUAGACAAUAUUGAGCAAGGUGGACUAAAGGUCUGACUCAGUGCAAGACACCUUACUAUGUUUUGGUGUGGGGGCAUAUCCCUUAAAUUUUGCUUGCCAAGGAGAACUUGGAAUGCCUAUUCAAUUCAUUUUGGCUCUCUUGAGAGGUGGGGAGACUUCCAUCAGGAAGCACUGGAGUGUCUUUCUAUUUAUUUAUCCCCCCCCCCUUCCUGUUCAUCCUCUCCCACUUGGGCAGCUGCAAGGCCUGGUAUAUGACGGUGGUCCUCCUUUAAUGUUGGGGGGUCUCUGUGAAGUGGGCCUGAUUGCCCUCUUUUGGGGUGGGGUAGGAGCAGGAUAUAGAAUUGUAGAGUUGAAAGGGACCCUGAGAGUCAUCUAGUCCAACCCACUGCAAUGUAGCAAUCUCUACUAAAGCAUACCUUUAGAAUCACAGAAGUAGUUUGCAUUAGACCAAUCCGUAAAAAUGGAGACAUUUCCAGGUGUGCUGGUGGUUGGGACUUCCUUAUUGUUUCAUUACUGACUGGUGUCAGGAGAUGGAACAGAAGAGGGAUGAAGAGUGUGCACAAUUUGGGGGACCCGAUAACCACUGGAAUUGGUAAUACAACAACAACAGGAGGUUGUUCCUCAGAUAGGUAGAAAGAGGGACCAUACUGCUUAUGGUUUUUGAGAGGAGGGGGCGUAUCGUCUUGUCUUGGGCCGAAUUGAUCACCCCACCCCCACCAGCAGUAGUGGACAAACGUAUAUAAAUGUUAGCUGGCGAGAGCAUGGCAGUCUGUGUUCCCCUGUCCAACGAAGGGGGUUAAAACAAGUGGUAUUGUGGGUGCUGUGCCUUUUUGCGCCCCCACAAUGCUUUGCUCUGGGUGGUGGGUUCCAAAAUCUCCCUGCAGGAGGUUGAAGAGCUCUUUGCUUGUCUCUGGGCUGUGGAGAAAGUGGCCGAGGUAUGUCCAGAGGGCAAAGGGCUCUGCCAAUGCCUCCCUUGUUGUUUGUGCAUCAGGAAGGGAAUUAAAGAGCCCUUUGUGCUGUGUCUCAGCUUGGGAGAAAUCGGGUGAGGUGCAUAAUAGUUCAUGUGCGCGAGGUGUUGAUCUUUGGAAACAUCUGUCUCUUUUGCUUACUUAUCUGUAGUCUAGGGACACCUGCUCUGGGUGGUUCUAAAAUUGCACACUUUCUAGAAAAAGAGGCCUUUCCCUCUUUGAGGUGGGCAACUUGCAUGUCUGAACGUUUCUGUAUACAUUUUUUUUAAAAGCCCCGCUCAUAGGAAACUAGGCUAGGAAGGUUCUCCCUGAUAUGCCGGUCUUCUUGGGGCAGGGAAUUAUUAUUAUUGUUAUUAUUAUUAUUAUUAUUACUUUGCAUCCAGGUGACUUCAGUCAUGUGCAACCAUGCCAUCAAUCUGGUCAGACUCUGUUGCCUGCACCGACCGGCAACAGCUCUCCGGGGCUUCGGACAGGGGUUAUGCCCAGUGUUACCCAGAAAUGCCGGGAUUUGCACGCGAAGCAAGUGCUAAAACCACUGAGACAAGCCUUUUUCCUUAAGACAUGAGAACAUAGGAAGCUUCCUUAUAUUGAGUUAGGCUAUUGGUCCAUCUAGCUUGGUGUUGUCUACACUGACUAGCAGUGGCUCCCCAGGGUGUAAUGUGGGGGGUCCCUCUCAGCCUUAAUUGGAGAUGACAUUGAAACUUGAUCCUGGCAUCUUUUGCAUGCAGUGCCGAUGCUCUGCCACGGACCUAUGGCCCUUCCCUGCAUUUGGGGACUAGAUGAACCUUUGAGCUGACACAGCGAGUCUCUCCUUAUGUUUCUACGACGCAGACCUUUUUUAAAGAAUAAAAAUAGUAAGAAGCCCACCUUAAGGCCUCAUGAUGGCCCACACUCCCCCCCCCCCCCAGUCUCUCCACCUCCAAGAUCUGUAUUGUCUGGUUUGGCACACAACCACUUGUUGGCAUUUAGAUAAUUAAAAAAGGAAGGAAAAAAACCACAGGCCUCAUCAUCUCCAGCUCUUUGGAUGGCAACCAUGAAUCAGCAUUUGAAAUCUAAUAAUCUCUUGGUAACAAGCCUCCCCUCCCCUCCGUGUCGGACGGCUCGUACCUGUAUCUAUUUCCGGCACUGCGAUCUUGGUGUUGUGUGUCGCCUGCAAAAAGGUCAGACGGAGCGGAGGGAAGCGGAAUGAUGCAAGAGAGCCCCAUGGAAAACAGAUUUGUUUUAUUCUGAGUGUUUUCCUGGACAGAGCCCUCUCAAGGCAGGGCACGGCGACAUAAACCCCAAAGCUGGAACAAUUUAAUGUUAGACUGCAUACACACCAUAUGUUUAAAGUGCAUUUACCCCCCCCCCAUCAAUAAUCCUGGGAAUUGUAGUUUAAGGGUGCUGGGAAUUGUAGCUCCAUGAGAGGUAAGCUAUGUUUCCAGGUUUUGGCGGGGGCUGUUUUAAAUUCAUGGUGUGUAUGUGGCUUUUUUUUAAAAAAAAAAGAUUAUUUUUUAAGAUUUUUAAGAUCCAUAAGAAUGUAAGACAAGCCGGCUGGAUCAGGCCAAGGGCUCACUUACCCCAGCAUUCUGUUCUCUCAGUGGCUAACCAGCUGCCUGUGGGAAACCCAUCAGCAGAAUUCAAAGGAUAAGCAACAGCAUUUAAAAAUAUGAAUGAGCCAGCAUAAAAUAAAGACCAUGAACGGCAGCAUUAAAACAGUAGCAUAUUCAAUAUAAUCACAUCAGUUAAAAUUCAGAACCCUCAAGUAGUUGCUGGAGCCCAGCUCCCCUCAUCGUCUGUGACCAUUGGCCAUGCUGGCUGAUGGGGGCUGGAGUCCAGCAACAUCCCAAGGAUCAGAGGUCCCUCAACCACUGCAGAAGCCAAGAUAUUCAGAACCUUUUUGUACACCAAAGGAGCCAACUGUGCAUCCCUUGGGGGGGGGAUUUCCACACAGUAGGGGCCACCACUGAGAAGGCCCUGACCCUAGAAGUGAUGCCACCAGGCCAAGACUUUGGAGGCAGAGGUCCAGGUGCGCCCCUCAGCAGAAUAGGCAGGAGGGGCCCCAAAAGCAACACAGCUUGAAGUAAGUGAAGUAAUUCAGUUUACACCUGAAGAGCAAAGUGUGUGUUGCUAGGUGCUUCCAGGCUAGCUAUCAAGUGGAAGGCAGGCUUCCACAUUUAUUUAUUUUUUGAUUGCCGUGGUAAGUGUGAGUUUUGCUUUCCUCCUAACCUUGGAGCUGUGAAUCAUUUCAGCAGUUGUGGAGGGGAGAGGAAGACUUGGAUGCACAGUGGCCAAACCAGUUAAGCCCCCUUGUCCACUUCCUUCAGUCUUCAAAUUCCUCACCCCAUUUAUCUAUUUUAUUUUAUUUAUUGCAUUCGUUUCCCCCAAGGAGCUCAAGGUCGCAUACAUGGACCCUUUUCUCAAUUUUUAUCCUUACAAUAACCUUGUAAGGUAGGCCAGGCUGAGAUACAGCAACAGGCCCACAGACACCCACUGGCCGAGUGGGGGAUUUGCACCCUGGUCUCCUAGGUCCUAGUCCCGCCUUCUAACCACUGCACCACACUGCCUUUCCCAUGCGGAACUGUUGCAACCCAGAAGCAUCCGGGAGCGUUAGAUCCUCACACACAGCAGCUGCUUAUCUUAAUUUCCCCUUCCCUCUGGCAAUUAAAGUUCCUUAACCCUGCUGACAUCCAGCACCCGGGGGGAUAGUGAUGGUGUUAACCUGCAUCAAGGAGACGGUUGCCUUGUUGAUUGCCUUGCUUCUGUGCAUCAGCUGGAUUGCUCUGCUGUCAUUAUGGGUUCCUGCUCUUUGCUUGGGGUUAGGGACAUUGCAAGCUGUCUUAUGCCAAGUCAUUUAUCUGACUCAGCAUCGUCUACACUGAACAGCAGUAGCUCUCCAGGGCUUCAGGCAAGGAAUCUUCCCCAGCCCUUUCCUGCCUGAACAGCCAUUGCCUGUCGGUGUUCACAAUAUUGAGCUCAGUGGUCCUAUGUCUUACAGGAAGGGCCAUGGCUGGGUGGUAGAGCAUCUGCUUCCAUGGAGAAGGCCCCAGGUUCAGGCUCCAGUAUCCCCAGAUAGGGGUGGGAACGUUCCCUAGCCUUAAGCCCUAAGCAGCUCCUGCCAUCAGUGCAGACAAUACUGAGCAAGAUAGACCAGUGGUCUGAUUAAGCAGAAGAUCUGCCUGUGGUUGUUUCUAUGACUGACAGCGAAUCUCGGGCACCCCCUGCUUCCUGAUCCUUUUAAGUGGAGAUGUUGAGGAUUGAACCUGGGACCUUCUGCAUGCAAAACCAGGGCUCUACUGCUGAGCCACAUCCCCUCUUCAGAGCCCCCAGUCUCCCCUGGCAGGGCUUGCCUAGGAUUUGAAUCCUAGGAUUUGAAUCUCCCUGCUGUGAGGCUCUUCCCUCCUAGCCCAUGGGUAGGCAAACUAAAGCCCGUGGGCCGGAUGCGGCCCAAUCGCCUUCUCAAUCCAGCCCACGGACUGUUCAGGAAUCAGCGUGUUUUUACAUGAGUAGAAUGUGUGCUUUUAUUUAAAAUGCAUCUCUGGGUUAUUUGUGGGGCAUAGGAAUUCGUUCAUCCCCCCCCCCCCCAAAAAAAGUCCGGCCCACCACAUGGUCUGAGGGACGGUGGACCGGCCCACGACUGAAAAAGGUUGCUGACCCUUGUCCUAGACCAACAAGCCCCAUGCCUUGUCUGGCGUGAAAUCCCACCACCUUGGGAGAGCGGUUUUGAAAUUCACAGUCCAGACCCAAAGGUUGUUUUCUAAGCUGCUUGCAGGGGCGGCCGUGGUGUUUUUGACUGCAGUUGUUUGGAAGGCUAGCAAAAGCCAGGAUCUUGUGAAGGCUGUUAGAUGGGAGCUUGUAUCUCAUUUGAUGUGGUGGCGGUACAGAUUUCAGGAGUCGCUCCCUUUCUCUCUCUCUCUCUCUCUCUCUCUCUCUCUCUCACACACACACACACACACACACACACAUAUGCCUUAUCUGCAAGCAGAAACCUGGAAAGACAGACACCCUUAAAUUUCUAAUUAACGGCCGGAUUAUAGACCGUUGUUACAACUGACUUGGGAGCCACUGUAAAAAAUUGGAUUUACAGCUGGAACAGCCGUAGGCAGCUCUAGGUUGCUGAUGACCUCCAGCUGCCUGGAGUCAGGCGAAGAGAGGCUGAAUGUGCAAAGUGUCAUUAUCUUCCUGUACCAGAGUCUCCCUGAUGGAAUCUCAGGGGCCGUCUCCAGUGCUAGCCCUGCUCAGGGUAGGCCCAUUGAAGUUAGUGGGCAUGACCGACCUGGGCUCAUCAAUUUCAAUGGGACUUAGCUGGAUACAACCUGAUUUAUAAUCGGAAGAGCCUUCCAGAUCUGAGCCAAGCUCCAUUUAGGCCAGUGUCCAAGAGAGGCCAACCAGUUGUUUCUAGGAAGACUACAAUGCAGAACAGAAUCAUCAUGGCUAGUAACCGUCAAUAAUAGCCUUAUCCUCCAGGAUUGUCUGGGCAGAUCCUCUUGCCUAUGUAGUUCAGCAGUCCCAGGUUCAUUCCCUGGUAUCUCUGGGUAGGAAUGGAGAGCUGCUGCCAAUUAGUGUACAGUGGUACCUCAGGUUACAGACUCCGCUAACCCAGAAAUAGUACCUCAGGUUAAGAACUUUGCUUCAGGAUGAGAACAGAAAUCGUGCUCCGGCGGUGCGGCGGUAGUGGGAGGCCCCAUUAGCUAAAGUGGUGCUUCAGGUUAAGAACAGUUUCAGGUUAAGAACGGACUUCCGGAACGAAUUAAGUUCUUAAUUCGAGGUACCACUGUAGCGGGAAGGCAUUGAUGACUGGUAACUGCUUGCUAUUCAGCACAUUCCCAUCUGCUCAGGCAGGAACUGAGCAGAAGUGGAGUGCAGUGGCCUAGCUGAUGGAAGUUAGGCAGCAAAGGAAACAGAAAUCUGGGCUUUGUGGCUGGCUUGAAAUACAUCUGACUGAGAGUUCCUGCUGAUUUUUGUUGUUUGCUGUGAGCUUCCUCCUGCUUAGUCUCAGUGUUGCCCCUUGUAGAACUCAGCAAGGAGGAAGAGGAUAGGGACCAAACUAGAAUAAGUCUGGCUUCCCAUUGGCUCUGUCUCUGCCUAUCAUCGGCUGUGGCUCUGUCCACUGUUGGGUUUCUUGCCUUUUGCCCCACCAGCCGCUCACAGAAUUAGGAAAUUAUAGAGUUGGAAGGAACCCCAAGAGUCAUCUAGUCCAAGCCCCUGCGAUGCAGGAAUCUCAACACAUGGUUCCUCAUCCAAUUUGAAACCACACCAGACCCUGCUUAGCUUUGUAAAUGUGCUAGCUAGUGAGAGGACCUCUGCCUUUCUCACUGGCCUGCAAUGUUUGGAAGCUGCUGGCACAGAGACAUUUUGUGCAUGUCUUUUCCCGCUAAAGAAAAGAAGCGCAGCGGACUUGAGUGUCCUGGAAAAUAUUUCUUAAUAUUUUUUUCUCUCUCCCUCCGCCCCACAACCGCCCCAGCCCGCCUUCUUCCUUGUAAGUGGUAAUUAGAUUCCCCAUUGCAGCUUGAAAUGUAAAAUGCAGGCUUGCUGCAGACUCCCGUUCCUGGCUCUCUUACAAGGUGGCUGUGUAGGGCUGUAAUUUGGCAAGUGGUUUCCAACUUGGCAAGCGGCCUUUCUGCCACUGAGCCAAAACAAGAAGGGGGUGGGGGUGGGAGUUUUGUGUCAGGGAAGCAAAUGGUGGUGUUGACUCUCUCUUCCCGCAACACACUUUUUUUGCGGGUGGGGGGAACCGAGUCUUGCAGGGAGAGCAACCUGUCCGGAUCUGACUUAGCAGUAAUGCACAUGUUGUCAUAAGGGCACGGCCCUUUUCCUGGAUCCUCCUGAAACAAUAACCGAAAGACGUAAUAAAUAAACCCGCAGCUUGGGAAUGAAAUGUGCCGCUGAGUUUGCUCCCGGGCCGGAAUAACAGAGGCAGAAAGAGAGUGGAGCGGCAGUCUGGAGCUUGGCCAGUAUCUGGGCUCAGCACAGCGACUGCCCCGUGUCAGUUUCCUAAAAUAUAUUUAUGUAUGUAUUUCAGCGGAAUAUUUGGCCAGGACACCGUAGAACCAGCGUUGCAGAGCUGGCUGCUUGCGAACUGUCCUUGUUGCGGUUCUAAGCUCUGAUCCGCUGGCAAAGAUGGUGUAACAACGCGAUUCUGUGCCUUGGCAGGUGGAAGGGGGUGGGGGGGAAGAAUCCUGAGUAGCUGCAGUGGUGCAAUCAGGUAGUUUUCAAACUCUGGACUUUGUGGGUUGCAGCCAACUAAGAUUUACUCUGAGUGGACCCAUUGAAAAUCAUGAACUUCUGUUAGUCCUGGCCGUUAUUUAAUUUAUUUAUUUCCAGGGUUUGUAUCCCACUCUUCAGCCAAAAAGGCCUGCAGAGUGUCUUACGUACAGUCUGAAAAAGACCUUCCUUACAAUCUUAAAAAACGUGACACACAAGGGAAAAGGGACAGGGAGGGAAGAGGAAAAGCAAAAGUCAGGCAUCAGUUUCUAAACAUGUGUUCCUAUAAUGAACAAAGGAUGACACGGUUCAGGGGCAAAGAGGGGCCUGAUGGAGCUGGGCCUCCAGCAGAGCUGAAGAAACCAGCCUUCUGCUUCCUGUCUUCCACUGAGGCAGCUUGGUGGAAUGGUUGCCCCAGAUGACUGUUGAGGGAGAGGAAGCCUGAUGGGACUAGCCUGUCACAGCAGAGCUGAUGGAGGGAGUUCUGCUUCCCAGCUCUCCCAGUGCUGGAAUCAGUGGGCCUGCUCUGAGCGGGACUAGCAUAAUGGUCUUAUUGGACUCCCUCUUCUUUCGAUGGGUCAGAAUUGCUUACUUCAAAAUUGCUACUGGUGUGGGGAGGGGGCGCCCAGCUCAUUCUGCAAAGUGGGGUCCCAGGCCUUUGCCCCAUAAUCGGGCACCCUUGGGCUGCUGUUGCUGUAGUCCUAGAAACCCCACCAGCGCCCACUGUCUUGAGGAGGGUGGCCACAUGUUCGAUGCUGUACAUUUGAAGCCCAUUCAACGCACAUUUAAGCCACUUGCCUCCCCUCCUGGCAAAGAACCCUGGGAACUGUAGUUUGUUAAGUGUGCCAGGAAUUGUAACCCUGUGAGGCUGGAACUACAGUUCCUGGGAUUCUUUCGGGGGCUUUAAAUUUGCAUUGGGUGUUUUUUAAAAAAAGCCCUAUACAGCCUAGGACUCUCGUACCUACAGUACCGCCUCUCCUGGUAUGUCCCACGGAGGACCUUACGGUCUUCAAACAAAAACACCUUGGAGGUCCCGGGCCACAGGGAGGUUAGGCUGGCCUCAACCAGAGCCAGGGCUUUGUUGGUUGUGGCCCCAAUCUGGUGGAACGCUCUGUCACAAGAGACUAGGGCCCUGCGGGACUUGCCAUCUUUCCGCAGGGCCUGUAAGACAGAGCUGUUCCACCAGGCCUUUGGCCAAGGCACAGUCUGACCCCCUCCUUUGGUAAUCCUCAUAGAACUCUAGCCCAAUGUUUGCCAUUAAUUUGAUUCUGAAUUGAUUUUAGAAUGAAUUGAUUUUAGAAUGUAUUUCAAUUAAUUGAUUGUGAUUUUAUGUAAACUGUGUUACUUUUACUGUUGUUAGCCGCUCUGAGCCCGGCUUCGGCUGGGGAGGGCGGGAUAUAAAUAAAAAAUUAUUAUUAUUAUUAUUUAGUGUGGAUUUGCCCUUGCUGUACAGAAGACAGCUCUGUCUGACAGCUGUGUUUCCCCUCCGCUGUCAGAGUCAGUGUUCCUCUGGAUACAGGUUGAUGUGAGUCACAAGUUGUUGUUCAGGUUCUCCCUUUGGGUUUCCCACUAAGGCAUCUGCUUGGCCCCCGUGAGAGCAGGAUGCUGGACUGGAUGGGCCUUUGGUCUGAUCCAGCAGGCUCUUAUCUUCUUAAGGACUGUCUAGUUCAGAAGUGGUCAACCUUUUUAUACCUACUUCCCACUAAUGCAUCUUUCUGGAUGGCAAAAUUUCCUUACCGCCCACCCGUGCUUGAUGGAAGGAGGAUUCAGCUUGUGCCGUAGAACCCCCUAGCGCCCACCAAGAAUCCUGAAACGCCCACUAGUGGGUGGUAGGGACCAGGUUGACAACCCCUGGUCUAGUUUAAAGAUGGUUUGAAGUUGCCCAUCAACAGUGAGUACCUGGACAACAGACGGAACAGGCACACAACCCACCUGUUCGCAGGCAUCCCAACUGUGUUGAGAUAUAUAUUGUGUUCCUAUUUAAAUCAGAGUAGCUCUUUUUUUGCUUUUGCAUCUGUACACCUCAGAGUUUGCAAAUGUUACACAACACUGCCACCCUCUUUCUCUCUCAUUAAUUGGUCUGAUUGUUAUUUUUAAGUGUGUGUGCGUGUUCACUUCAUAUGUUGUGAGCCACUUCGGGCACAGUUUUAUAGACAAGUGGCUUACAAAUAAUAAAAUCGUAGAACUGCAGAGCUGGAAGGGAACCCCCCCCCCAACUCCCUGCAAUGCAAAAAUUGCAGCCAAAGCAUCCCUGACAGAUGGCCUUCUAACCUCUGUUUAAAAAGAACAGGUGAUUAUGAUGUAACCUGGAAAGAGGGCAAGGCAUGGCUGGCUGGCAUCCUGAACAGGAGGGCUCCCCAGGGCAACAGUUUGUUGCAGGCACUACUUUUCUCCUUAAAACGCCCAGAGGGGGCUCAGAAAACUGGGACUGUUGUUUUGCAAGGCUUCAGAAAAUAGAGGCUGUUCUUGGUAAACCGGGGCAGAUGGAGCGAGUGCAUACAAAUGGGGAUCGGGUGAGUUUUUGGAACUCCCCCACCCCAAGAACUGUGGGAGCUCUAGUUGUGAUCUUGCAAAGCUACAGUUCCCAAGCACCCUUGACAAAUGACAGACUUCCCAGGCUUCUCUGUGUAUGUGAGUGGGGAGUCAUGUUCUUUAAGUGGACGGUGUGUCUGCUGCCUGUGGCUAGCCUUCGCAAACCAUUUCCAGUCGUUUCUCCUUUGCCGCCUCCCCAACAGCCCUGAGCAGGAACAAUCUCUCUCGUGGUCUGGGUGCGGCACGUUCUUUUAUUACCCGCGGAUGCUAUGAAAACACAGCCGGGGGAUGCAGGGGACGGGGCCCUUUUCCUGUGGCUUUUGUGCUCGGGGGGGGGGGGAGAACAGCUAAGCAAAACAAAUCAAUCAGGGGGCUCUGAUCUGUGCGGCCCUCCCCUCUGAGUGAGCUCCCAGGCAGCUCCGUGUGCAAAAAAGGUUGAACUCCAAGCAUUGAAGAGGUCUGGGUGUGUAUGGGGAAAUAUACAGUUUAUUGUCUUUGAUGCUCGUUCAGCUUUGAAUCUGCACCUGAUAUGUGGACGUCUACUGGUAUUCUACAGGGAAUAGGAUAGCUCAGUGGGUAGAGCAUGAGACUCUUAUUCCCAGGGUUGUGGGUUUGAGACCCAUGUUGGGCAAAAGGGGGUUGGACUAGAUGACCCUCGUGAUCCCUUUCCAACUCUUAAGAUUCUAUGAAUCAACCUUUAUUCCGUCUCUGUGUUAGCGGUAGAGAACCUUCUGAGCAACCCUUGGGAGAGGGCAUGGGUGGUGGACUCUCCUUCCUUGGAGGUUUGUACACAGAGGUUGGAUGGCCCUGUGCCAGGGAUUCUUUGGCUGUGUGAUUCCUCCAUUGCAUGGGGUUGGACUAGAUGACCCUCAGGGUCCCUUCCAACUCUACAGUUCUAUGACUCUGUGGUUGGAGAGGUGCAUCACAAAAUUCAGACAAGAGCAGAUCUUGAGGGUUAGCCGUGUCUCGGUUUGCAUAUCAUUUCAUUGCUCCCACUGAGUUCCCUGCAGUGAACAGAAGCUGGCUAUAUUGGAAGCUGACUUCUACUGAGACAGGUGACUUCUCCAUCUUAUCUCUGUUUCAGCAGCUCUCCAGGGUUUCAGGCAAGGGGAGUCUCCCCCAGCCUUACUUGGCGAUGCUGAGAAUUCAACCUGGGACCUUCUGCAUACAAGACAGAUGCUCUACCACUGAGCUGUGGCUCUUUCCUCUGACUCCCACCAGCCUCGGCUCAUGUGGGAUGAUGCGAGUUGUCGUCCAACAUUUGCAAGGCACCAACUCGGCUACUCCUGUGUUAGCGAUAAUGGCACUCAAUUAAUGGCUGCCACAAGAUGUCUUGGGCGAUUGUCUUGGGCAGCUUCAAAAGAGGGAUCCGGCCAGUUCAUUUAGUGGGGAGGACUAGUUUAUCAGUGGCUAUCGGCCAUGACAGCCCGAUGGAGCCUCUUUGUUCAGAAGCAGUUUCCCUGUGAAUACUCUGUGGUGAAAAGCAAUAAUGAGGAGAGGGCUGUUGCCUCCGUGCCCUGCUUGGAGGCUUCUGGAUUGGCCACUCUACAAAGUGGAAUACUGAGCUUAGAUAGGCCUUGGGUCUGAUCCAAGAGGCCUGGAAAUGAGCUUGGAAUUGGGAACUUGGAAAUGGGAGCAUCUCUCUUGUGAACUCUCGGUAGCCUCUGGCAUUCCCCAGGCAAGGGUGUGUGGAUGGACCACCUAGCAGGCUCACAUUUCGGAAAAUAUCCUAGUCAAGGAAGCAUCUGUUGAGUAUAAUGCUUGAAACAUCUGCCUUUGGGGAACUGAUAUAUACCUCCCUGCCUCCAAGCACCCAUCAGACACCUUUUCUUUUCCCAUGUAAUGAGGGCGGGGGAAAGAGAUAUUUCUUUCUCUCGUCUCUCUCCAGUGCUUGUAGGCUGACAGCAGGCAGAAGAGGUCAAGCACACCCUGUAGCUGUAGCUGAGAAUCUGCACCCUGAUUUCUCCGGAGGGAGGGAGAAUCUUCAUGUUCACACACCCCGUUCGUAUUGGGCUUUUAGAAUUGUACAACCGGGGUUGCAGCCAAUGCUUUACGUGCUCAGCAUAGUCCCAUUCAAAGUAAUGGGCCUAGGUUGGUCAUGACCACUAAUUUCAAUGGAUGCACCCCUUGGAAAGGAUCUUAGAAGUCAUUUAGCCUACCCCUCUUUACUCGAUACAGGAAAUCUACGUCUACAGCAUCCCCGACAGAUAGCUGUCCAGCCCCUGUUUAAAUAUCUCCAGUAAAAAAUCCAGCGUAGUGACAAAACUGCUGGCAUAUUUGCAAAGCUAAGCAGGGUCCAGUCCAGUUUCCGAUUGGAUGGGGGACUGCAUGUUGACAUUCCUGCAUUGCUGGGGGUUGGACUAAGGACCCUUGGGGUCCCUUCCAACUCUACAAUUCUAUGAUCCUCAAUAUGUCUGUCCAUGAUGUGAGAUGACUGGCAGGUGGUUUGCCCCGCCCACCCGCCAAACUCAUCCCUUAGGUUUGGAGAAAGAUAGUGCUCUGGCCAAAAAGGUUCCCAACCCCGAUCUGGUGUGUCAGGAAGAAAGCUAGACUCAAACACUUCCCCCUAGCAUGCUAUAUUUCUGUGUGCAGAGAGAACUGUGGGUUGUCUUCUUCCCCAGUAGAACACCCAAACAACCUUCCCUGCACAUAGAAAUCCAGCAUGCUAGGGGGGCCAGUCAGAACUAGCCCGCAGAGCAGGGAAGAGGAACCAAUGGCCUUUCAGAUGUUGCUGAAGCACAGUUCUCAUCAGCUUCAGCCACAUCAGCAGCAGUCAGGGAUGAUGGGAGUUAUAAUCCCACAGCAUCUGGAGGGUUACAGGGUUCCCAUCCUUGCUAUAGAGCAGUGUUUCCCAAACUUGGGUCUCCAGCUGUUUUUGGACUACAACUCCCAUCAACCCUGACCAUUGGUCCUGAUAGCUAGGGAUGAUGGGAGUUGUAGUCGAAGAACAGCCAGAGGCCCAAGUUUGGGAAACACUUCUCCGGUCUACAUUCCUGACUGCCUCUCCAACUCUGGGCCUCUGUCCACUUCCUGGUUCAGCUAUCUAAGAGAGGAGACUACCUCCUAAGGAAACAUGAAGUAGUAAUUUAAUUUAAUUUAAUUUAAUUACAAUCAAUCAAUCAAUCAAUCAAUCAGAUGUUCCGAAAAGGAAUGUUGCAGAGCUUGGAAGGCCUUCGGAAAACAGCAACAAAAAAUGAUCAAGAGGUCGGAUGUCUCCCUUAGGACGAAAAGCCACAACAUUCGGGGCUCUUUAAUUAAAUUAAUUAAUUAACAAACAUUUAAUUAAUUAGAGAAAAUACAUCGCUAAGGGAGACAUGAGAAAAGUCAUGAUAAAAUAAUUCACAUUGUUCAGGAAGUGGCUAGAGGAAAGUUUUCUCUCGUAACACUAGGACUCCUGGCCAACCAACGAAGCUGAAUGUUGGAAGAUUCAGGAAAGAUAAAAGAGAUGACUUUUACACGCAGUGUGCAAAGUUAAGUUUAGGAUUCGCUCCUGCAGGAGAGGUAGCAAUGGCCACCAGAUUGGAUGGCUUUAAAAUAGGAUUAGAGAAAAUUCGUGGAGAAGAAGGCUUUCUGUAGCUACUGGCCGCAAUGGCUAUGUUCUGCCUCUGCUGUUGGCAACAGUAUGCCAAUUAUUAGGAAUGGCAGGUGGGAAGAGUGGCUGUUUCGCUCAGGCCAGGCUUGCGGUCUUCCCACAGGGACAUCCAAUUGAGAACAGGUUGAAGGGCCUAUGGCCCAAUCCAGCAGGGCUCUUGCAAGUAAUAAAAUGUGAUUAGAAUUCGAGCACCAAAGUAUCUCCAAACAUCUGAAAGGCUGAAGAGUGGGCAGACAUGUUCUGAUGCUUAGAGGCCUCAGGAGACCAAUGGAUCCUUUUGGCUCCGUUUGAGAUCUCUGGUGGCCUCACCCAGCUGUCCAAACAAGGACCACUGCGACAGGGCUUCCUUCAGAAUCUGGGCUAAAAGUCUGGAACGGUUGGUUGUCUUCUGACAACUGCCAUUCAGCACCCUCCAGUUCUAAAGAGUUUUGUAUUAUAUAGCAUGCAAGAGAAUCGAUACGGAUUGAUUUUUCUUUUGGUGUGCGCAGUUGUCUGAGCAUGCAAUUUUCUGACUUGGGGGCGUGAGGAGGGUGUGUUUGCUGCCUUUCGCAGAGUUGGACCAUGUUAUAUUUUUGAGAUUGCAAUGGAUUUCUCCCCAGUCGCUUGCCUCUUCUGAAAUGCAAUUGAAAUGUCUAGCUGUCCAUCUUGGGGUGAUCUCCCACCGCACCUUCAUAGGAACAUAGGAAACUGCCUUAUACAGCGUCAGAUUGGUCCAUGUAGCAGCUUUCCAGGGUUUCAGACACGGGGCAUUACUAACCCUACCUGGACAUGUCUGGGAUUAAACCUUGGACCUUCUGCAUGUAAAGCAGAUACUGUACCCCUGAGCUAAAUCUCUCUCUCUCUCUCUCUCUCUCUCUCUCUCCCUCUCCUUUCGUCUUCUCAGCUUCCUGGAGUUCCUCACUUCAGAAAUUAUUUUUAAAAAACCUUGCCUCCUCCCCUCUUCCGCAGUUAUGGAUAAAGGCUCUUUGAAGAGAGAACAAUUUUAUUUCAUCCUGCCUGUUUAAGUAUGAAAAGGAAUUCAAAGCUCCUCUCUUAGGUAUGAGGGGAACUCCCCCUCCCCAUGUCUUGUAUCUGGGGAUGGAGUUUUCCAUGUGGGGAUGUGUAGCUCACAACAGGAAAAGCAAGAUGGGCCACGAGAAAACCUGUCUGAAUAGGAAGGACUUAACCUGCAUGCAAAAGGAUAGCAAAGAGGAAGCCAAUCUUGCCUUUCUUGAGAGGGAAUUCCACAAUCUGGGAGCAGCCACAGAAAAGGCUCUGUCUUGUGUCACCACCAACCAUGCUUCCGGUGUUGGUGGAAUCAAGAGAAGGUGCUCACCUGAGGAUCUUAGUACAUGGGCAGGUUUCUAUAGAGCAGGCUUCCUCAACCUCAGCCCUCCAGAUGUUUUUGGCCUAGAACUCCCAUGAUCCCUAGCUAGCAGGACCAGUGGUCAGGGAUGAUGGGAAUUGUAGUCUCAGAACAUCUGGAGGGCUGAAGUUGAGGAAGCCUGAUAUAGAGAGAUAGGAAUGUUAAGAGUUUUGUGUGAGAAUCUGUGCCCUCCUAUCAACUCAGAUAUUGACUUAUAUUCGCAUAAAUAGCUUAUCUCAGUGUAUGUGGCUCCUGUGCCACCAUGUUGCAUUUGAGGUCUUAUUAAAAGAGGAGCGCAGACUUAACAACCCUGGAAUCUGCCCCUCUCUUCAGGACCUGGGAAAUCAGAUGUUUCUCUCGGAGUCCAGAUCUGGAUGAUUCAGUGGGCUCCUCAAUGGAUAAUCCUGAGUCAAGGUCAUUAUUGGAGGAAUUGCAUUGGGCGAGCGGGCACACAAAAGAGGGUUUGGCCUGGUUCCCACUAAGAUGUCAAUAGCGGCUUGUAUGCUAAUGAAUAUUGGCUCUGUGUUGGCAGGGGUUGGGGAGGGACAGCGGCGUGGCCUUUGGCUCAGCUCUGUCUGUCUCCAGCAUAUUUUCAUUGCACAAGGGUGUUCUGUUCUCAAGUGCGGGUACAUCCACGCGUGUCUGCCCCUUAACAAUUAAUUGGAGGCGACAAGCUGGUGAGCAAAUACAGGAGUGAAAUGUUCAUGGAAGGCCUACAUCCUUGCCUUUGGUCACAUGCUCAGAGGCCCUAGGGUGCUGGCCGACCGCUGAACUGGGUGGUUGUGUAAGGUAAAGCCACGGGAGACGGGAGUGGGAUGAAGUAUGCUGCAAAAGCGCGUGGGCAGCUUCCUAGCAUCCUGAACAGGAACUCUCUGUACAGCAACAUUUUGUUGCAGACCCCACUUUUGGUUGGCAGGAGCAGGGACCGUGCAAUGGGAGCUUACCCCGUCGCGGGGAUUCGAACCGCUGACCUUCUGAUCGGCAAGUCCUAGGCUCUGUGGUUUAACCCACAGCACCACCCGCGUCAAUAAUAAUAAUAAUAAUAAUAAUAAUAAUAAUAAUGGGAUUGUAUCCAUUGCUUGUUCUACUCAGAGAAGUUCAUAGACGUGGCUAAUUAAGGUUCAUUAAUUCCAAUGGGUCUACUCCCAUGAUGAUGAUGAAAUGCAGGAACCACCCCAUGAAGUACAGAUGAUACAAAUGAGUGUGACACAACGCAUCGCAUCCGGGAUGGGAAGCCUUUGGCCCUCCAGAUGUUGCUGAACUACAACUCCCAUCAGCCCCAGCAAGCAUGGUCGAUGGCCUGAGGGUGGAUAGUAAUUCAGCAAUAUCUGGAGGGCCAAAAGGUCCCCACUCCCAGCAUUAUGAAAAUAAUCAGCUUUAGGCUGCCACCUUACCCUCACUUACCUGGGAGGAAGCUCCACUGAAUUUCUUAGUAGCCUUGCUGGCUUUUGAGCAAAUUGCUGCUUGCUGGCCACAACUAACCAGAUUGCAGAGGAAAUUAAAAAAGAGGAAAACCAUUGAAAAUCAUUUGGGGGGGGGGGGAACAGACUGUAAUGCCACCAGAUAAAUAAGGGAGUGAACUGUUGUGAACCCACCAAGUGACUGAAGGUGCUGCUGUCUUCACUUCCUGCAAUAGAAGGAGGAUGGUAAUAGUGGCCCACCUUGCAGGUAUGUUGUUAGGGUUAAGUGAUUGAUGGCCCAAUCAUAUACAUGCUUACCUAGGAGUAAGUCUCACUGUACUCUGCAGAGCUUACUUCUAAGGAAAUGUACAUAGGUUAGCGCUGUCAGAGCCCUUCUCACAAUACUUAAAAUACACGCUGCUUGUGAAUAAUAUUUUGUGCAUCUUAUGUGAUUGAUUUUUAUAGUGUGCUCUCUCCAUGGUCCCCAUGGAUGGGAAGGCAGUAUUUGGAACAAAAUUAAUGAUUUACUUCACAGGCCAAUAUGGAAAGCCUGCAAGCAGGACCCGAGCGUAGGUGCAGUCUUCCCACUUGAGAUUACCAGGUUUCCUUAAUCCAGUGGUGGAGGGAGAACAUAGCGAUUGAGCCGUUUGUUUAUUUACUGCAUUUCUAUCCCACAUUUUUCUCCAAGGAGCUCAAAGUGGUGUAUGGGGUUCUCCUUGUUUGACCCCUGCAACAACCCUGUGAAAUGGGUCGGGCUGAGAAGGUCGCCCCAGUUAGCUCCGUGGCUGAGUGGGGAUUUUAACCCCAGCUUCUCAGGUCCUAGUCCCGCACUCUAACCACUACACCACACUGGCCAUUGAUAACAUUAUCCUCUGUGUUCACUGCAUCCGAGUGACAUUGGAACUGGACCCCAGGCUCCCGCGUCCUCCUCUUCGGGGCAUAUGUAGGGCGAUGGGAGUGUCGCACGGAAUGCAUUCCCUGUGUACCAUGGUUAAUUGGUUCCCCUUUGUCUCAACGCUCCUUUCGCCCUGCAGUAAUUGUGGGGGUGGCCGAGGUGUUGUAAGAUGCAGGCGCAUAACACACUGUCUGCCAGUAAGCUCUGGUGCUCUUAUCUCAGCUGGCUGGAGAAGGCUCCAUUGUGUCAUUUGCGCUGUUGAAACCCUGUUCAAUGUGCGUCCCAUGAGGAAGCGUGGGGCAGGGGCAACAGGAAUCAGAUGUGAGUGAGGUCACACAAACAGCGUUCUGAGCCUGUGACACUGUUGUUUAAGUUCCUCCUGUUGUGUGUGUGUCCCAGAAAGUUCCUUUCCAUCCGGUUGGGUCUUGACACGUUUUAAUGAGUCAUGAAUUUAUUUUCGGUGUAUGAAGAAUUUCAGAGGUGUCGAAGACGGGGUUGGGUGGGGGAGACAUUUAGAGUGCCACAGUUCCCCCCACCAUCUUAAGGAACAUGUAGUGGGUUGUUGUUUUAAAACAUAAAGAGGGGCAAAAGCGACUGAAGAAUGUUGGAACAAAGAUCUCAAUUGGAUAAAGGAGAGUGUCUUUUGUGCCCGCAACCGAUCGGCAGAGCCGGGAUUGGUGAAGCUGACGAGCCUGUGACAUAAUUGAUUUUGCCAGGCUUGGCAGGCUGAUGGAAAGCGACUCCCGGUGACGGCUUUUAGGAUCUGAUUGGUUUUGACAGCCUUGAGUCAGUUGCUGCCACCCCAAAUGAGGCACAUCGCUCUGGAUGGAAGCAGCUCUGGUUUCCCCUUCUCUUCCUCUCUGCAUCAGGAGCACUCAGCCUUCAGUCCUCCUGUCUUGACCCCUUGCCAGCUUUGCAGUUUCCUGGAUGAAUCUUUUUGGUCGGCCUGUAAUGAGGCUGCUCUGAUUCAUUGGGAAGUCAUGCAUCCUUGAGGCCGAUUGGAAGCAGGGCUGGAAAAGCAUUAACUAGGGGAGAAGCAUUAAUUAACAUUAGCAUUAAUUAUUACCAUUCAUUAACAUCCCCUAGCAUUAACUAGGGGAAUUGACAAGUUUGUCUCUUCCCUGGUCAGCACAGGCCAAGCACGAGGUUGCUGGCUGGUUAGCUAUCCUUGUCACCUCUGAUGUCUUAUCCCUAGUCUGUGACUCCAGGCUACUGGUAAAGGUAAAGGGACCCCUGACCAUUAGGUCCAGUUGUGGCCGACUCUGGGGUUGCGGUGCUCAUCUUGCUUUAUUGGCCGAGGGAGCUGGCAUACAGCUUCCGGGUCAUGUGGCCAGCAUGACUAAGCCACUUCUGGCGAACCGGAGCAGCGCACAGAAAUGCCGUUUACCUUUCUGCCGGAGCAGUACCUAUUUAUCUACUUGCACUUUGACGUGCUUUCAAACUGCUAGGUUGGCAGGAGCAGGGACCGAGCAACGGGAGCUCACCCUGUUGUGGGGAUUCGAACUGCCGAAUUUCUGAUUGGCAAGUCCUAGGCUCUGUGAUUUAACCCGCAGUGCCACCCGCGUCCCUCCAGGCUACUGAGCCAACCUCAAAAGAUCACAAACUUUGUAGGAACGGCUUCACACUCCCUGAAGUGGACAGUCCCAGUCAGACCAGAGGGCUGGAUGUUCUGGUACUGGAGACUCUGCAAGUCACACCUUCAUUGAGUGUUCUCCCCCCACGCUCCCGCUGGAAUGCGUCCUUUAAUUCUGAUCAUGCCUCUUCUUUGCCUGGAUAGAGGAUAGAGAGGGGUAUGUGAGUGGGUGUAGAAACUGGCCUUCUGUACCAAGGUGAAAUUUGCAUUCCUUGCUCUGCCCACUUUUUCCCCUGGCCCUGCCCACCAUGCCAUGUGGCCCCCGGAAGACAUCCCAGAAGGGAAUGCGGCCCUUUGGUUGAAAAACCAAUCUGUGUCUUCUCCAAGCUGCCAGCAAACUGAUGCUAUCUCUUUAGCAAGCCUUGGCAUGCACUGAGAAUCGGACAGCCUGUGUGCUCUUGAACCUGGGAAGGCCGAUUUGGCUUUCAAGUGAGCACAAGGCAAAUAAAAUUCUGGCAAUGGCUGUGUAAACAAAGCAGGGAUGUUUGUUUUUUUAAAAACCCAGAAAGCCUUGAACAUGUAGCAUUCCAAGAGUCUGAAAGAGGCCCUAUCUGCACUGUGCAUUUAAAGCAGUAUGAUACCACAUGGAACAGUCAUGGCUUCCCCCAAAGGAUCCUGGGAAGUGUAGUUUGCUGAGGGUGCUGAGAGUGGUUAGGAGACCCCCAUUCCUCUUGCAGAGCUACAGCCUCCAGAGCAGUCCAACAAUUAAUUCAUCUUCACAGGGAACUCUGGGGAUAGCAUACAAAAUACAAUAGCAUAUUAGCUCAAAGUGCUGGCAGGGAAAAUGUACACCAAAAUGUUAAAAAUUAGAAGCUGAAGCAGACAGGUUCACCCACUGCCAAAAUCUGUAUCGAACUUCCUUGAAAGUCGCAAAUGUUAAUCGAGGGAUGAGAGAGCUUCUGCAGCUUGGAGCUGAGGAGCUUGCCUUGUUUAUCAGAAGAUCUUGGGCCUGGAAUGUGUGUUUGGGGUGUGCCAGGAGUGCAAGCAGAUGGCAGCGCUGAUUUAAUGAGGGCACGGCCUUCCCUGCCGCAAGGAACUCGGGGAACUCUCAGGUGCUGCCUUCCUGCGCCGGUUUUGCAUUAGGCAGCUACCAGGGGACACCUUAAACGACUCCUUCUCGAAGCAGACCUGCAGAGGCUCAAACCAAACAGCCCAGUAGAACGAGGCGAGUGAGCCAGAUGCCUGUUGCCAGCUGGCUGUUAAGUGCCCCGCCUAGUACCUUUAGGGCUCCGCUGAAUGCAAAGGACUGGCUGCGUGGUUCGUCCUUUAUUUAUUUAUUUUUUAAAAAACUGUUACGGCACUGUGUUCUCAGGGCAAUUAACAAGUUGGGCAAUUCAUUAAAGAGGGAGGGAGCCCGGCCAGCGGAAACAGGAUUUGCGUUUUAAAUUGUUUCAGGGCCAGACCGGCUUAGGAAAGCAAGGCGACGGAAUAUGUCGUGCCAUAAUAGCAGCACGUUUUGUUUUGUUUUUCGAUAAUAUGCCACUGUGUACCAAAGCCCACUGUUUAGUCGUGUUUUGGCAGAUUCAGUUGCUGGCUUCGGUAGGUGGCGCUGUGGUCUAAACCACUGAGCCUAGGGCUUGCCAAUCAGAAGGUCAGCGGUUCGAAUCCCCGCGAUGUGGUGAGCUCCCGUUGCUCGGUUCCUUCUCCUGGCAACCUAGCAGCUCGAAAGCACGUCAAAGUGCAAGUAGAUAAAUAGGUACCGCUCUGGCGGGAAGGUAAACGGUGUUUCCGUGCGCUGCUCUGGUUUCACCAGAAGCGGCUUAGUCCUGCUGGCCACAUGACCCGGAAGCUGUCUGCAGACAAACGCCGACUCCCUUGGCCAGUAAAGCGAGAUGAGCGCCGCAACCCCAGAGUCGUUCGCGACUGGACUUAACUGUCAGGGGUCCUUUACCUUUACAUUUACCUUUACCUUAUAAGACCGUUGUAAGACUUCAGGUCACAUCCACAUAAGAAGAAGAGCAAUGCUGGAUCAGGCCAGUGGCGCAUCCAGUCCAGUGUCUUGUUCUCACAGUGGCCGUCAAGAUGCCCCUGGGAAGCCUGUAAGCAGGAUCCCUCCUGCAUUUUCCGAAAACUGGCAUUCAGAAGUGUUGCUGUCUCCAAUCACGGAAGCAGAGCAUAGCUGUUGUGGCUAGCCAUAUCACACAUUUAAAGCAUAUUUAAAGUACAGUGGUACCUCGGGUUAAGAACUUAAUUCGUUCCGGAGGUCCGUUCUUAACCUGAAUCUGUUCUUAACCUGAGGUACCACUUUAGCUAAUGGGGCCUCCUGCUGCCGCCGCACGAUUUCUGUUCUCAUCCUGAAGCAAAGUUCUUAACCCGAGGUACUAUUUCUGGCUUAGCAGAGUCUGUAACCUGAAGCGUCUAUAACCUGAAGCGUCUGUAACCCGAGGUACUACUGUACAUGGAUCCCCCACCUCUGCAAACCUAGGAACUGUGGCAUGUUAAGGGUUCCGGGAAUGGUAGCUCUUGGAGGGGGGGUAAACUAUAGUUCCCAGGAUAUUUGGGUGGAAGCUCCAUACAUUAAAUGUGUUUUAUAUAUACAGCAUGGAUGGUCUGUUGGUGAGAGCCCUUCAGCUCUCACUCCUCAAUUUUCACCAAACUGCAGAUGGCGAUUAGGAGCCAAAUAUGGGUUAAAACAGCAGGGGCAUUGCAGUGAUGCUGUGCUUUCACCGCACACCAGAAUGGUUUUCAACUGGUGCCAGCUCCUGCCACUGACUCAGCAAGCUUUGUUUGGGUUGGCCUCCGCGUGGACAUGCGCACAAGGCAAGGCGAUGUGUCACUGAGCACUUUCUCCCUCGCUCUUGCCAACGUGCACUGCGCCACUUGGUUCCAGAGCCUCAUUUUUAUUUAAUUUUUUGGCACCCAGCCCCUGACAGCGCGAGCUGCAGGCAGAACCUCUUGCUCUGUGACUCAUGGCUUCUUCUCAGAAAAAAGAAGAAGGUGGGGCUGCAGCUGCAGAUGAGGCAGCAGCAAGACCAGUAUCUUCCUCACCUGCAUUUUGGAGGUGUGUCUCACCUCUCAGGACAAUACUAAGUGCUUAUAGUGAACUCCGUCUCCGUGUGUCUGAGAAAUCGGUCAGUUGCUUGCUGCUCUCCUUGAAGGAGCAGGUGCGCAAUCUGGCGAUGCUUCUAGAUCCAGCUCUAUCACUUGGACGUCCAAGUAGCCUCAGUGGCUAGAAGCACCCUUUCCCAGCUGUUCCAGUCAUGAUCGCUGUCAUUCAGGCAUUGGUAACUUCUAGGAGGGACUUCCCUUGUGCUUGAUCCAACAACAACAACAACAACAACAAUAAUAGUUUAUUAUUUAUUCCCCACCCAUCUGGCUGGGUUUCCCCAGCCACUCUGGGCAGUUUCCAACAAAAUAUUAAGGGUAAAGGGGACCCCUGACCAUUAGGUCCAGUCGUGGCCGACUCUGGGGUUGCGGCGCUCCUCUCGCUUUAUUGGCCGAGGGAGCUGGCAUACAGCUUCCGGGUCAUGUGGCCAGCGUGACUAAGCCACUUCUGGCGAACCAGAGCAGCGCACAGAAACAAUGUUUACCUUCCCGCAAGAGCGGUACCUAUUUAUCUACUUGCACUUGACGUGCUUUCGAACUGCUAGGUUGGCAGGAGCAGGGACCGAGCAACGGGAGCUCACCCCGUUGCAGGGAUUCGAACCGCUGACCUUCUGAUCUGCAAGCCCUAGGCUCUGUGGUUUACACCGCAGCGCCACCCGUGUCCCUAACAAAAUAUUAAAAUACGAUAAUUCAUCCAAUGUUAAAAACGUCCCUAAACAGGGCUGCCUUCAGGUGCCUUCUAAAAGUCGGAUAGUUGUUUAUUUCUUUGACAUCUGAUUGCAGCUAGUGCAGUAUUCUGCAGUAUGGUUGGUAACAAGAGGGAGAUCUUCUUAUCUUAUAACACCUCUGCUCAGAGAUCUUAACUGGCUGCCAAUUUGUUGCCAAGACAAGUUUAAGGUGUUGCUGUUAGUAUGUAAAGCCCUUAACAGCUUUGGACCAGUUUACAGCUGGGAUCGCCUUACCCCAUAUGUGCCCGCAUGAGACUGCUUUGAUCUGUGGAACUGGCACUGUUACAGGUGCCAUGUAAAGCAUCCCGCACUUGUAAGAAAUCAAACUCCUAGCAUGGCAGCACGUACCCUUUGGAACUCCCUGCCUAUGGACACCAGGGCAGCUGCCUUCGCUGUACUCUUUUCGGAAACCUGCUUAAAACAUAUUUAUCUAAGCAAGCCUAUCAAGACAUGUAGAAUGCUCAUCCAUUUUGGUCCAAUAAGUUGCCACAAAGGAUAAUUUACUAUUAUUUGUUGCUGGAGAAAUGUACACUUGAUUGCUUUCAGUAUUAAUGUGACAUGAGUGUGAAAAUUCUUGAGGAUUUUGUGCCCUUCCUUUCCCCACUCCCACAAAGCAGACUUGAGGUGGCCUACAUUUCUUGCCUUUCUGCACUUGGUGCUGCAGCCGAGAGGCCUGGGAGUCGUUCUCUUGCGGAGGGCAACUUGAUGGGUUGUGGUUUUCAAAUGGAAAAAAUGUAUUUUGAGAGUGCUCCUUCCCGCCCCCCUCUGCCUGCCUUUUCUUUGCCUGGAUAGCUCCGUUGGUUAGAGUGCAGUGCUGAUAACACCAAGUUUGUGGGUUCAAUCCCUGUAUGGGACAGCUGCAUCUUCCUGUAUUGCAGGGGGGUUGGAGUACAUGAUUCUCAGAGUCCCUUCCAACUCAAAUGAUUCCUUACAGGACCUGCACACAUGGGGUGCCCUUUCUCCUGUUCUGCCCCGAAUCUUCCAACAUUCUUCUAACAAUCUACCUACAGGACUGCCUCUCCCGCUAUGCCCCACGGAGGACCUUAAGGUCCAUAAACAGCAACACCCUAGUGGUCCUGGGCCCUAAGGAAGUUAGAUUAGCUUCAACCAGAGCCAGGGCCUUUUCAACACUGGCUCCGGCCUGGUGGAACGCUCUGCCUCAUGAGACCAGGGCCCUGUAGGAUCUGAUUUCUUUCCGCAGGGCCUGUAAGACAGAGUUGUUCCACCUGGCCUUUGGCUUGGAGCCAAUUUGAUUCCCUCCCCCUCUUUCUUUUUCCUUUCUCCUCCUGUGAUGAGGCUGCAUUUUAAUGUUUCAAUAUUUUAAUGUUGUAUUUUAAUCUUGUUUUUAAGUUGUAUUCAUUCAACUUGUUUUUAUUAUUGCUUGUUAGCCGCCCUGAGCCUGGCCUUGGCUGGGGAGGGCGGGGUAUAAAUAUAAACUAUUAUUAUUAUUAUUAUUAUUAUUCAGCUGCAUUGAAUGCCCCUGAGUUCUAGUGUUAGGAAAGAGGGAGAAAAACUUUUCUCUACCCACUUUCUCUAAGCCAGCCAUGAUGUUAUAAACUUCUCUGAUGUCACCUCUUGUUCACCUUUCCCCUAAACAGAAAAGUCCCAAAUACUGCAGCCUUUCGUCAUACAGGAGUUAACUCCUUGCAGGCCACUCUUGCAAAACAUAUGAGUGUGCCAGUCCAUGGUGUGUGUGUGUGUGUGUGUGUGUGUGUGUGUUGGAAAUGGCAAAUCUAGGAGGACUUUUUCUGACAGAAGAUCCAGAUCAAUCAGGUGUCGCCCCACUUACGCAGGGGUUGCAUUCCUGCUCCCUUACUCUGCAUACUAAGGGCUUCAACAGGUAAAUGGAACCAAAUACAGUGGUACCUCGGGUUAAGUACUUAAUUCGUUCCAGAGGUCCGUUCUUAACUUGAAACUGUUCUUAACCUGAAGCACCACUUUAGCUAAUGGGGCCUCCUGCUGCUGCCAUGCUGCCGGAGAACGAUUUCUGUUCUCAUCCUGAAGCAAAGUUCUUAACCCAAGGUACUAUUUCUGGGUUAGCAGAGUUUGUAACCUGAAGCGUAUGUAACCCGAGGUACCACUGUACUGCAAUACUUCCCAUGGUCUUCCCUGUCAGUCCCAAUGGGCACCAGAUUCCACAGGGCACAGGCAGUUAUAACUUAGUGUUCCUAGUGUCACAAAUUCUUUUUUCAGAUCUAGGGGUGGGUUUCAUAGAUCUGAGCGCUGUCAUAAGCCAGGCGCAGGAAUAGCGGGCCCAGGGAAUGUGAGUUCCGGCAUUCCGAAAGAAAUCAGUCUGCCAGUGUCCGCAACGAACCAAGAGGGAAGCUAUGGGAAGUUGGAGGAGCGUUCCUCUUCAGCCCAGAGGACUGGCCCUUUAAGGCUCCAAAGUACUUUCAAAGGGGUGGAGCCUGGAGGAGGUAUAAGAGACCCCAGUCUGCUCCCAACCUCUGCCAGAGCAAGUGGAGCUCUCCAUUAGCCUUGACGCUUUCCCUGUGAAGUCUGGCGUUGGGCCACAAUGCAAUAGCUCUCCCAGGCAAACUGUAAACUAACAAACCAUAGAACAAAUCUUAGUUACGGCUCAUGGUUAGUUGAGAGAGAAAGCUAAACCGGGAGCAACACGCUAGGGCCUGGCUCAGUGUGGAGCAGCAGAACGACCAGGUAGGAGGAAAGCCAGAGUCAUCUGUCCUGGAGCUCAUGUGUUCGUGCUACACCAUGGUUUGGUUUAGCAUUCUGUGCAAACCAUGGCCAGAAGAACAGGCUCCUUUGGAAGGUGAUGGACUCCCCUUCGCAAGAGGUAUCUAAGCAGAAACUGGGUAGCCCAUCCCUCAGGGCUGCUGCAGUUGCAAGAUUCUGGCGCUGAGUAAUGGGUUAGACUAGAUGAACCUGCAAGAGGGAAGGACUGUAACUCAGUGGCCAAGCAUUUGCUUUGCUUUUCUCCCCCCCCCUUUUUUUAGUUUUUAUUAAAUAUUACAAGAAAAUAAGAAGAAAAAAGAAAUAGAAACAAAAAUCAAUACAUUACACUGUAAACACAUUUGUCUACGUAUUUUCCAACAUACAGACUAGCAAAGAAGAGACAAAAGAUAAAAGAAAAAAAAUACUUUUCAUAUUCAAUAGUACCAAAUUUAUACAUCAAACAUUACAAUAUGUAAUGCAUUUGUUUUUCAUGCAGAAGGUCAAAUCCCACUAUCUCUGCCCGAAGCCCUGGAAUGCCACUGCCGGUCAUUGCAGAGUUGGAUGAAUAUAUUAGGCAAUUUCCUAUGUUCCUACAAGGUUUCUUUCCAACACCAGGAUUCCGUGUACGGGGUGGAGAGGAAGCCGGCGUAAGCCACACCCACCCAGCUUAAACUGGCGCUGGCUUUUUCCUGUGCCAAAGGUCCCGACCAAAUAUCAGCUUAUGUUUUGAACCAGCUCCUCCUCUUGUCUGGAAUUUCUGCCCAACCCUCGUCCUCCAGAGGGAAAUAAAACAAAACAACCUUGCUAUUUUAAGAGUUGGAUGUUCCGACAGCUUGUGCAUAAUUGCUCCCUGGAGAGAAGGAAAGCCAAGCCAGCUGUUCUAGGGGGGCUUGUGGGGGGGGGGCUGUGGUGCUCGCAGCCCCCUAGCAGUUGAAAGAACCUCCUGCCCAGAGUAGUUUUGUUUUCUGCUCUUGGAAACGAGAGAGAGAAAUGGGCUGAGAGUGCUGGAGUUAAGCAGGCCUGAGAGACCAGGAUUCAUUGGUCCUGUGAGGUUGGCUGGAUGACCUUGGGCCAGUUGCUUGUUUUCAAUAUAACCCGCCUUGCAAGGUUGCUGUGAGGUUAAAGUGUUUGUGUGUGUAUGUGAAAGAGAGAGAGAGAGAGAGAUGACGAAUGGGGAGACUCUUGAUUGCAUUUAAAGCCAAACCUGCCUGAUUUUCACUUCCUGAAACAAAAUGUGAAGAAGAAGAAGAAGAAGAAGAAGAAGAAGAAGAGGAGGAGGAGGAGGAGGAGUAGUAGUAGUAGUAGUAGUAGUUUGGAUUUGAUAUCCCGCCUUUCACUCCCCUUCAGGAGUCUCAAAGCGGCUAACAAUCUCCUUUCCCUUCCUCCCCCACAACAAACACUCUGUGAGGUGAGUGGGGCUGAGAGACUUCAAAGAAGUGUGACUGGCCCAAGGUCACCCAGCAGCUGCAUGUGGAGGAGCGGAGACGCGAACCCGGUUCCCCAGAUUACGUGACUACCGCUCUUAACCACUACAUUACACUGGCUCUCUUCCUCCCCUUCCAUGUGAACCCAACUGCAGUCAUCUUUCGAAACUCAUGGUUCUCUGAAUUUCUGCUGUGUGAUUCGCCGGCCGAGCCAUGUGCACAAAAAUGCAUAUACUUGAGUAAAGUGUGCAUGAAAAUGCACAUAUUAACGGAAAUAACACAAACAAAUGCAUUCGGAUGAAUUUGCUAUGGAAAAAUUGGUACGUUCGGGAAAAAUUAGUGGGAUUAAAAUGAAUAUUUAAUUGGGGGGUUUCUUGGUCAGCCAUUCUAAGCCUGCUAAUGGAAAGAUGGGACAUGAUAGUAUGUGAUAUUGCAGAGCCCCAUAAGUGUGCAUGUGUGUGCAUGCAUGCGCUCCAUCUAAGCCAACCUAAGAAGUUUCAGCUUCACAGUGCAAACAUGAGAUGUGAAAACCUGCAGGGUGUCUGUUCACUGGGAAUUGCAAGUGAGGAGAGUGGCUGUUGCGCUGGGGUAACUCUUUGGGCCACCGUGCGAACAGGAUGCAGGACUUUGUGGGCCUCUAGGUGGCCUAAUCUAGCAGCCAAGCUCUUCUUAAUGUUCUUAGGACGUAUCAGGAUUAACGUUAGAUAAUGCCUGUGAAGGGCUUUGAACACUCGAGCGUUAUGUGCAUGUUCAGUUUGGUUAAGGAAGAACUGCUUUUCCUUGGUAACUUUUGGUAGCUCAGUGGAGGAGCAGGAGUGGACACCGUGGGUUUUUUUGGUACCACUUCCUGUCUUGUUGGCCACACUCAAGAUUGCCCUUCCUUAGCAUGGAAUGUGCCAGCGCAAGAUCAAUAACGCCAGUUGUAACUUGAAGAGCUUGAAAGAAUGGUUGCGGCAGAUCUUUUAUUUAUGAUGUGCCAAAGCAUUUGAUGUGAGGAUAUUCCGCUCUCUUUGGACCCCCUCCCCCUUUUCUUACAAGCGCUUGGCAGAAUUUAUAUGUUAAAAGAUGGUGCGUGUAUGUAUAGAGAGCCCCUCCAGAUGCACACUUGGUUGUGCAUUCAUGGUGAUUUGUCCUCAUGAUGCUGUUGGGGUGGUUAUACAUGAUCCCACUUUCAGUACUGCAAACGCUUUGGGGCAAACAUAUUGUUUCCUUUCCAAUGGCUGCAUGUCCUGUAGCUUCUUGCUGAAAUCCUGUAACUUUUAUAUGCUAUCAAUAAUAUUACAGGAGCGGGGGGAGGUUGUCCCGCUUUCAUUGUACUAUAGCACCAGAGUGGCAAUAUUGAUGGCAAUAAUCUGCUAACAUUGGGGAGGCAUUGCAGAACAACUAAUAGAGUGGAAUUACAUGUGGACAGUCCAGGACAAAUCCACCACUAACACACUAUCGGUGACAUGCUGCAGAAUCUACAGUAGCAUCAAACAAAACCAGCAUUCAGGAGAUUGUGUGUAUGGAUGUGUAUGCACACACACACACACACACCCCACACACAUACAUAGACUUCUUGCCCAUGCGGCCAUCAAGCUUUGGAGUUGGGUAUUUGGUGUGGGUGCUGGGGGGUCACUGCGCCAUUGCCUGGACAACCUCUGCCCACCUCUGCGGAUUCAAAGUUGGAUGGAAAGCUGACGUCACAUCACACUUGCCAGAGGGCUGCAUGUCACGUUCAGUGUGAUGAGCAUCUUGUCGAUGCCUGCUCUGGAUAAAGAGGAGUGUAGUCAAAUCAGGUUCAGCGCCUAACUGCUGAAAACUGACUCUCUUGUUUGCUUGGUUGCCUGGCAGAAACCCUCACUCUCCACAGGCGAGUGGCAAUUAGCCUGUCCAAAUUUGCUACUUGCCACAGCCAACCUGUAAGAAAGGAGAUAAGUACUGUUGAAAGAGAUGACGAUGAUGCUGUACUAAUUCGCUGCUCAAUCUCUCUUCCCCACCCCACCCCAUCUUAACCUGAUUUGUUUUCCCCCAAGGCGACUCUUAAAAGGCUUCGAAAAAAUAAAAACAGAGGGGGAGCAAACUCUCUUUAACUCGUUCUGCUGAUUAAAUUGCUGCCAGGAAUGUGUGAUGCAAUAAAAAAAAAAGUGGAGCAUUGAGAGCGGAGCUAUCGAACUCAGUGUUUUAAUAACUAACCACCCGAAGCAUGUGUGAAUCAGAGGCGCUGUUCAACUUCUAAUGUGGUUUUGUUAAUUCACCUAAUAUAUAUUCUGCUUGUGUGCUGGUGGGGCAAAUAAACAACCGACACAACCUUGCAGUGUGAGCCCAGUACAGUCAUACCUCAUGUUAUGCCUGCUUCACGUUACGUUCUUUCAGGUUACGUCCCACGGCGACCCGGAAGUACCGGAAAGGGUUGCUUCUGGGUUUCGCCGCAUGUGCAGAAGCGCAAAAUGACGUCACGCGCAUGCGCAGAAGCGGCGUAUUGCAACCCGUGUGUGUGCAGAUGCGCCGCUGCGGGUUGCGCUCUUUUCAUGUUGUAAAUGGGCCUCCAGAACGGAUCCCAUUUGCAACCAGAGGUACCACUGUAUUGUCUGCUCUAGCCGGUAGUGGCUCUGGAAGAUCCCAGCUCAGGACCGAAGCACGACCUGCAGGACCUAAGCAGAACAACAUUCUUCCCCUUCUGUGGUUCCAUGCAGCUAGUAUUCAGAAUCAUAAUGCCUCUCUGUCCAUGGAAGCAGAGCAUAUCCAUCAUCUUUUUCUUCUUUGGCGAUCGCUCGUAGCAGAGUAAGAGUGUCUUCCAUGAACACAGUCUUAACUGUGAGUCCGCAAGUGACUGUGGAGGCCAAUUCUGGAUCCACACGUCCUUCCACAGUGGGGACAUAGGUUUCUGGGCAGGAGUUAAUCAUGGUGAGGGUUUGCCAAGCGUGCCUUCCUCUUAGCACAUUUCCCCCUUUCGCCCUGAGUUUGAGCGUCUUCAAAGUCCAUGACACCUUUGGUAAAGGCUGCUCUCCAAUUGGAGCGCUCACAGGCCAGUGUUUCCCAAUUGACGGUGCUUCUGUUUUAGGUUAUUUUAAACAUAUUCAUUUCAUUAUAUAUCAUUUCCCAAUAUUUCUUAACAAUUUUACAAUCCCACCACAUAUGAAAAAAAGUUUUACAUUUCCAACACUUGCUUUCUUUAGUUUUGUACAUUUUGCUAAUUUGACAGGAGUUUGAUACCAUCUGUACAUCAUUUUCGUAUAAUUUUCUUUAAUCGCCACACUGUUCCGCCUGGCCUUUGUUUUGGGCUUAGUCUGACCCUUAUGUUUCCCUCCCUUAUGGUCUUGAUUUAUUGGCUACUUUAAAAUGAAGCUGCAUUUUAACCUGUAUUUUAAAUUGUUUUUUUCCCCUCUCUCUCUUUCCCCCCCAUUAUGUUUUUACUAUGAUUUUAUUAGUGUUAGCUGCCCUGAACCCGGCUCUGGCCGGGGAGGAUGGGGUAUAAAUAAAAUUUAUUAUUAUUAGUAGUAGUAUUAUUAUUAAUCAUGACUGAUCUGUCUUACAGUCUGGAUCCAAUACUGAUAAAGCCUUGUUACACUUAGGUUCUCUGCAAGUAGAUUUCAGAUGUCUUAUCUGCGAGCGGGAGAGAAACACAGUCCUCUGUCCGAUUUCCGCCUUUUGCAAACGCAUGUGGGUUUUUAAGGGUACCUUUUUGAUGAUGCUUUGAAGACUCGCUCCUUCCUUUGUGCCCCCCACCCUCACAUGGCAGGAGAACCACGGAGGGAAUCAUUAAACAAACGGAGGGAGUGGUGUUUUUAAAGGAAGCAAACAACGCCAAAAAGCCAAACCACACAACACCGGAUUGAUGAGGUUUCCAGUUGGUGGUAUCCCCCCUUGGGACCAAAAUGGAAAGAUCUGAAGCGAAGCAAGGAGGAAACAAAAUUGUGUUUGUUUUGUGAGGGGAGAAGCAGCUCAUUUCCCCCUCCGGAGAUGAAUUCUCAAUUUGUGGGCUAGAGAGACACUAAUAUGGGUUGAAAUAUUGCAGGUGUGCAGCCAGAAGCAAGUUCAUUAACUAAUUAAACUCACACAUGGGUACAAAGGAUCAGUCCUAGAAUCAUAGAGCUGGAAGAGGGACCCCAAGGGGCAUCUAGUCUCACCCCCCUGCAAUGCAGGAAUCACAGCUAAAGAUAUAGGUAUAUCAGUACCCAAAUCUGAAUUGUUAAAUUGUGUUAUUAGUGUUAUUGUGGUUUUUGUUGUAUGUGUUUUUUGUGGUUGCUGUUUGUAUUGAAAAAAUGAUUUAAAAAAAAAAACAGCCAAAGAAUCCCUGACAAGCGGCCACCAGAUCUCUGUUAAAAACAACAGCGACAACAACCAGUGAAGGAGAGUCGAUCACCUUCCGAAGUCCAAAAUUGUCAGUUUUUUGAAAUUCCAAACCUUCAUAACUCAAAAACAAGAUGAGAUGAAAAAUUAAAAUUUUAGAUUUAAACUUAGUUUUGCUCAUUCAGCGAGUGUACAAAAUAUUAAGAAAAUUGGAUGACAUGAGGUAAAAAAGAAAGAAAGUUGGAUCACUUGAGUCUUGUCUUUUCCAGGUUAAACAUACCCAGUUCCCUGUAUGCCUAGAGAAAGCUCACUGCUCAAUCUCUGCAUGGGGGGACUGUGUUGCUCAAAAGAGAAUUUCCUUUGCCUGCAAAAGCAAGCAGUAUAAUAUAAAUUUUAUAAAAUAAAUAGAUAGAUAGAUAGAUAGAUAGAUAGAUGAUAGUUUCUUUCCUUUUCAAAGCACUGCACGUUAAAAUGCCGUUCUCCGAUAUGAACUCCUGAUGUUUUCUUGUUUCUCUCAUCAUCAUCCAUCCAGGGUUGUGAAAGAGGAGAUCUCAGACGACAAUGCAAAGCUGCCCUGCUUCAAUGGACGCGUCGUGUCUUGGGUAUGUAGAGCCCUUUCAGUUCUGUGAUUGGUAGUGGUGGAGAGCGGUGGGGGCGGGGCUAGCAGACAUCCUGGGGGUGGGGCGCGCCACCUGCGGGGGCGUGGCACCCAGCACGGGCAGGGGGGCAGCCGCGAUGGCACCCUGGGGAUCGCGCUGCCGGGGGUGGUGUGCUCCCCCCGCACUCCUCUUCCUCUGCCAGUGGCAAUUGGUAGAAAUGUUUUGGGGCCCUGCAGGAGCCGUUGCUAGAUCUAAUAACAUAAGAGUGGUUUUACAGUCUAUCCCUUCUCUUGGAAAACUCAACAUUUACACAAUGUUAGAACACUUCAAAACAAUUCCCAAAAUUAGGCAGUUUCUUAUUAAAAUCCCAUCAGAUGUUAACUGACAGCCAAUCCAAACUAUUUCCGCCUCAUACCUAGUCAGAGAAUACCACUGUGGGUGCGCAUUUGUUUUGCUGAUGUGUGCUUGCAUUGCUUUGGAAAAUGCGAAUUAGGAUAAUUAAUGGCCUUUAAGUGCCAGCUGUUUGGACGUGGGUGGAGCUGUGGUCUAAACCACUGAGCCUAGGGCUUGCCGAUCAGAAGAUAGGCAGUUCAAAUCCCCGCGACGGGGUGGGCUCCCAGUGCUCGAUCCCAGCUCCUGCCAACGUAGCAGUUUGAAAGCACAUCAAAGUGCAAGUAGAUAAAUAGGGACCGCUCCAGCGGGAAGGUAAACGGCGUUUCCGUGUGCUGCUCUGGUUUCACCAGAAGCGUCUUAGUCAUGCUGGCCUCGUGACCUGCAAAACCUGUCUGCGGACAAAUGCCGGCUCCCUUGGCCAGUAAAGCGAGAUGAGCGCCACAACCCCAGAGUUGUUCAGACUGGACUUAACUGUCAGGGGUCCUUUACCUUUAAUUGUGAGCUGGAUCCAAUUCCUACCUCGCUUCUAAUUCUGAUGUCUGGGUUGUAAGUUAUGAUUGCAGCAUCCCAGUACUAUCUUAAGACCUGGCUUCUCCACUCUGCCUGUUUGGCGUGGGCCUGGUUCCCACCUGUGUGCUCGCCUCUUAACAGUGGCUGCCGCAUAACCAUUGCAGGUAAAAUAUCUCAGGUACACCUUCCACAUUCCCUCGUAUGCCUUUGUUUUUCUGCACAGGCUGUGUGCUCAAGCUGCAUGGGGCCACAUGUUGAGAAAUCAAGUGAUGGUGUUUUUUUGUUUUUAGCCGACAGGUGCUUUGCUCUAAUGCCCUUGCUCGGCUUAAAAGCCUGCAAUCACACUAUUAUUAUUAUUAUUAUUAUUAUUAUUAUUAUUAUUAUUAUUCCACUCUGCAAAAAUUCCCAUGCUUGCUGGCAGAUUCUGCAGGCGCUAAGCUCUUGACUCUCUGUGUGUGUGUGUGUGUGUGUGUGUGUGUGUCCUUUGCCGUUUAUUUUGUAUUGGGAGGUUUAUGAGCGGUUUGCCGCGAUUCGGCAUGGCUUUACGACUCUUGAGGGUGACUCACAGCGCUAACGUGCCUUUAAGUCAAAUGGGGGUGGAUUUAUGAGUGCUUUUAAAGCUUGGUGUGGAUGUAAUCAUUUUUCUAGGAUCCUUUUACCAAACAUUUCUUCAGACCUGUCCUAGUUCUUGAGCUGUAUCCCUAGCUAGUUCUACUCAGAGAGUAGCUAGUGAACAUGGCUAAUUACAGUCCAUACAUUUCAGUGGGUUUACUCUUGAGUAGAGUUAGUUGGCUAUAACCCCUUGUUCCUAGCAUCAUUACUUGACGGUUACUGAGGGCUGCUGGGUAGACUUCAAACGCAUUUGCUAGGCGCUUUUAUGAAAUAAUGUGUGGCAGUUUUAGAAACUCAGAUUAUAUAAGCCAGGCUCCAAAUGGCUCCUUAAACCAGGGUUACAGUCACCAACACAGAAUCCCAAGUUGCCAUUUUGCGGCCAGACGGCUUGAAAGUCGUAUUUUUCAAUACAACUUCUUGGUUCCUGAAAGUAAUUCUGAUUGUGCAGAUAAAAUGCAACAGGUAGAAUUCUACAGGGUGUGUUGCUAGUGUGUGAAAGAAGUCAAGAUCCACGGAUCCCCAGGCAUGCACCUCCAGGUGGAGGAGACAUCAGGCACCAUCCUGGUACCUGGGCAUCUUCACUUGGUUGCAAGUGGCCAAUAGCCAGGUGCAAAAUGCUUAAAAUGCGAAUUUUGAACACUGAUGUGUGGUUUAUGGCAAUUGCACACAAGGGCUUUGUUGUCUCUGGUACUCCUUGCUUUAGCGGUGGGCAACGUUGUGGUCCUCCAGAUGAUGCCCAGCUUCCCAUCAGCCCCAACCAACAUGGCUAAUGGUCAGGGAUGAUGGGAGUUGUAGUCCACCAACUUCUGCGAGAGUCAUGGAUUCCUCAUCGCUGUUCUGCUUUGAACAAAGGAAGUUGCCUUAUUCCAGGCCAGAGGCCCAGCUAGUCCAGGAUCCUGUUCUCACACCGUGGCCAAUCAAAUUCCUCCAGGCAUAGCAUGAAGGCAACAGCCCUCCCUCACUGUUAGUCAUAAGAACCUAAAAAGAGCUCUGCUGGAUCAGGCCAGUGACCCAUGUAGUCCAGCAUUCUGUUCUCACAUUGGCCAACCAGAUGCCCCAGCCGAGAUCCCACAAACAAGACCUGAGCGCAACAGCAAAUCUCGCCACUUGUGAUUCCCUGCAACUGUUAUACAGAGGCAUCUUGCCUCUGACAGUGGAUGCAGAACAUAACCAGUAUGGCUAGUAGCCAUUGAUAAGCCUUGCGUUCUAUGAAAGUUCCUGCUGGCAUCGUAGAGAACUUCUCCCUUUUCUUCUGCUUAGCGCCACAGGCAAAGCCACAAUGCUGAAUGGAGUUAGCGUGCCUUCAUGACUCACGGCGAGAAGCAUCUGCAACUGAAGAUCAGGUUGUCGCUGGAGUUUGUGCCUUGCAUAGGAGCUGUAGGUGGCGUCUUCCAAGCCAUUUUGCAAUUUGGACUCCUUGCCCUUGGUUUAUUCUCCUCCCUUCAUGUUUUGAAGGACCAAGCGGUUUGCCAGAGGCCGAGUGUCAUCCUUCAUCCAUAGUGGGGCUAAUAAUAAUAAUAAUAAUAAUAAUAAUAAUAAUAGAUUUGUGGAAUGAAAAGUUACAGGAUUUCAGCAGUGAGAAUUACAGGACAUUCGCUGGCUGAGCAAUGUGUUCUCCCUGAAACAUUUGCAGGCUCAAACAGCAUCGAAAGCGGGAUUGUGCACCAUUGUGUGCUCAAAUAAUCACGAAUCCACAAGAAAGAGGAAUUUUGGAGGAGAUCUGGGGAUUGCCCAUGUGACUAUUUUCUGUAAGAAGACCCAAAACAUAAUUGGCCCCAGAGCAGCGUCAGGGAGGAAAGAUGGAGCCAAUGAAUGAAAUGAAAAGAUUAAAACAUUCGCCUAAUUCCAGGGGAACUGCUUUUCUCAUCUGUCCAAAGCAGUAGCUUGGGGUCAGAAAUCAAGAUGACAUAACGUUGCAGCGCCAAGUUGACUUCUAGAAGAGAGUGCUAGCUUCUGUAGUUAAAUUUUAAAUUACCCUUUCCCCAGGAUCUUAACGAUUCACCCGUAUGCUGACUUUUUUGGUAUUGCGUAAGUUUAUUUCGAUCACUUCACUUCAUCAGCUUCUUUUUAAAGCUGCUCUGUCAAUUACAAAUAUGUUUUUUUAAAAAAUCAUUAUAAUAUCCCUGCUGUCAGGACUGCUGUCAGCAAUAAAAUAUCUCAGAGUUGUAUCCAUUGCUAGUCCUACUCAGAGGAGGCCCAUCAACACGCCUUAAGGACGGUCUGGUUUCUUACGUUCCACCUCAGUCACCGAGAUCCUCCGAAGGCCUGCUUUCAGUGGUUUGGUCUUUACUAGGAACUGAGACUUUAGUGGAGCAGGCCCUGCCCUGUGGAACUCCCUGCCAGUGGAUCAUUGGCAGAGAAUCAUCCAGGCAUGGUGUUUAGGUAGGCUCUUUGCAGUCUUUUCAACCAUUCAGCAUUUAAUGGUGUUUUGUUGAUUGUAGGGAUGCUUUUUUGCUUAUUUUACUGUAUGUUUUAAACCCCUGGAUGGAUAUAUUUAUGAAAGUGCAUAUUAUAAAUAUUUAAAUAAAUAACUCGUGUUCAUCAAUUUCAACAGGUCUAUUUUGAGUGGAGCUUAGUUUGACACAGAUUUUUUUCUCCUGCGAAGACUGGUGCAGAUUGAACUUUGCUUGGUUAGGAGACACAAGUGUGUGUUCCUAGCCUCUUCCUCUCCCGCUUAAAAACUUGCCCCUUAACUUUCAUUUUUGGCACUAUUUAUAUACCCUGCUAAGGGACGCUGCUAAUGGUGGCGCUGUGGGUUAAACCACAGAGCCUAGGACUUGCCAAUCAGAAGGUUCGCCGUUCGAAUCCCCGCAACAGAGUGAGCUCCCGUUGCUCGGUCCCUGCUCCUGCCAACCUAGCAGUUCGAAAGCACAAAGUGCAAGUAGAUAAAUAGGUACCGCUCCAGCGGGAAGGUAAAUGGUGUUUCCGUGUGCUGCUCUGGUUCGCCAGAAGCAGCUUAGUCAUGCUGGCCACAUGACCUGGAAGCUGUCUGCGGACAAAUGCCGGCUCCCUUGGCCAAUAAAGCGAGAUGAGCGCCGCAACCCCAGAGUCGGUCACGACUGGACCUAAUGGUCAGGGGUCCCUUUACCUUUUCCCCAGGGCGGCUUCCAACAGAACACUAAAAUACAAUAACCUAUUAAACAUUAAAAGCUUCCCUAAACAGGGCUGCCUUCAGAAAUCAAGCAAGAUAGUCCUUGGCUCUCAGGCUUAAGGAAAGAAGUGAUGGGGAGGGAGGUUUGGGGAAGGCAAACACAGGAACUGGUUCUGAUCAGCAUGCUGUCUGCACUGGUCUGUGGGGCCAAGUGCCUAGUUCCAAACCCACUUCUAACUGCAACUGCACGCUGCAGUUUAGAGCGAACCAUGGUUUGUGAAAAAUGCCACAGCAGAUGUUAAACAUUAUUAGCGGCGGUGGCGGGGGGGGGGGGAUAAAACAAAAUGGACAUUCAUGUGCAGAAAUGGGCAAGGGAGCUGCAGAGAGCUCCUCGUCUCCUAACCAUGAGUAGGCGUGCAGCCAGCCAGUGUUAUAUCUCCACCAGUCCUUAAUUCAUGAUGCUCACCAAUAAAAAAUUCUGAGAUCACAAGCUUUACAGUUCAUUUUCCAUUGUUUUUCCACCAAGUUCCUGAGCUGUUCGUUAAACCCUCUUCUGCGUCCUCCUUAACUUUGGAAGUUGGUCUAGCAGGAUCGGGACCACCACGCCCUUCCAUCAUCGAGGGCUGUGUGUGUGUGUGUGUGUGUGUGUGUGUGUGUGCUGUUCACGACCUCCGUUGCCUCUUGAUAGCUCCUGAAAAGGCAGCUCCAUUUUCUUUCCUCGGACAAUCCAGGCCCAGCCACCCUGCUGGGGCCGGCUCUUUUUCCUUGUGAAAAGAAUUAAGCUGGCUCGCUGCGUGCUGAUUCUGAGAGUAGCCGAGUCGCUGGCUGAUGAUGGCAGGUUGCUCACAGUGGGUUGACCAUUGUAGGCCAUUCUGCCUUAUUUCCAAGGGAGGCACUGCAUUAACGGCGCAUCUCUUCCCCGAUUGGCUUCCUUGGGAUUGACACGGCUCCCGAUUGGUUUGCGGUGAUGUCAUGCUUCAUUUUUCUCCAGCAUUCUGAUGCCCAUUAUCAGAGGCGUUUAAAAAACCCAACGAUAUAUACUUCGUCUCCUUUUGUGCACAUGGAGGCUUAACAGGCCCACUGCCCCAUGCGGUUGUGAUUUUAAUGAAAAUAAUUUUUUAAAAAUCCAUUCAACUUUGUAUCCGAUUGAGAGUCGCCACAGGGAGGGGCCCGCUAAAUUUGCUUGGGUAAUCCAUCACUGGAGUGUCAGUGGCUGGGCGAACACAUUGUGGAAAUUGUAUUUCAUUGUAAGAGGUGGGUGAAAGUCUUCAUUCAGGAAGGACGUCCAAAACACACAUUGCGUCAAACUGUGGCUCGCCGUGGGCUGUCGAUCAUGUUAAGCACCCAGCCCGAAGCAAGCCACAUAGAGGGUUUUAUCCAACUAAGCUCACAUUCACACCAUACAUUUAAAGUAUAUGAUUACAACUUUAAACAGCCGUGGCUUCCCCUGAAGAAUUCUGGAACUUGUAGUCUGUUAAGGGUGCUGAGAGUUGUUAGGUGACCCCCCUAUUCCCCACACGGAGCUACAAUUCCCAGAGUUCACUGCGAAGAGGGAUUGAUUGUUAAGCCACUCUGGGAAUUGUAGUUCUGUGGGGGGAGUAGGGGGGGUCACCUAACAACUCUCAGCACCCUUAAAAAACUACAGCUCCCAGAAUUCUGGGGAGAGGGUGAAGACAUGGUUGUUUAAACCAGUGUCAUAGUGCUUUAAAUAUAUGAUGUGAAUGUGGCCUAAUGUCCCACUUAGAAUAAACCAACUGAAAUUAUUGGUCUUAGGUUAGUCAUGGUCAGUAUGUCUACUCAGACUAGGACUAGCAUUAGGUACAGCCAGGCAUACAAUGAAAAAAUGUGAGGUGAAUUCUCUAUGUGUGUAAAAACUUAGAAAGCUGCUUUAUAUAGUUCACGGCCAUUACUCCAUUUCGCUCAGUCUUGUCUACACUGACUGGCAGAUGCUGUCCAGGAUUUGAGGCAGGAGUCUUUCCCCAGCCCUGCCUUUUGAAAUAAGAGUAUGUUCAGCCCUCAAUUUACAUGGGCCUUACGUUCCUGGGAUCAUGCCUGAAACCCAAAUUGAGUACAGUUGUACCUUGGUUCUCGAGCAGGAUGCGUUCCAGGAGUCCGUUUGACAUCCGGAACUGUUUGAAAACCAAGACGCGGCUUCCGAUUGGCUGCAGGAGUGUCCUGAAGCCAAUUGGAAGCCGCAGAAGCCAUGCUGGACGUUCAUCUUCCAAAAAUAGUUUGGAAACCGGAACACUCACUUCCGGUUUUCGAUCGUUCGGGAGCCGAAACGUACGAGUUCCAAGGCGUUCGGCAACCAAGGUACGACUGUAUAGUCAAAACCUAUGGGGUUCAAUGGUGGGUGGAAUUGCCAAAGUCAUUUUUCCUGGAACCACGUGCCCUUUCCGCCCCUUAAAAAAAAAUCCACUCAUAUAAAACUGAAUGUGUACAAAUUAAAUGUGCACAAGUUGCAGGCUUACUGUGAGGAUGGAAGGAUCGAUCAAUUUCACUUCUUUCUGUUUCUUUCCCCCCCAAUCUUAAAUUCAAUCUUAAAGUUCUCCUUUUAGCAAUUUGCUUUUUUUAAAGUCCUCAUUUAUUAUCCUAAUACAUUUUUGGUUGCAAUCUUGCCUAAUGCACACUUUUGCAAAGCAAUUUCUCUUCAUUGUGCAUUUUUGUAUAUAUUUUUUAGCAUUGCAACGUUUUUGUUGGGGUUGUUGUUAUUUAUUUAUUACCCGCCCUUCACCUAAGCUUCCAGGGCAGCUUGCAACAUGAAAACACAAUAUUAAAAACAUUUUAAAAUAGCUUAUGAUCACAAAAACAGGGUGGGUCCUCAAAAUAUACACCUCAAAAGCUGGGGUGAAGAGAUGCGUUUUCAGCAUUCUCCGGAAGAAGUGCAAAUCUUGAAGAAUGGCGGUGUCUCAGUUUGCACAUUGUUUAUGAAAGAGCAAAUUUGGGAAAUUUGGCUCUGUUGACUGGGGCCGAUGGAAGUUGUGGUCCAACCACAUUAGGGGAGUGCCAUGUGGGGUUAACCUUGCUUUAAGCUGCCUCAAUGCUUUUCGUCCUUCCUCCUCCGCCUUUUUCUGCUCUUGACGAAGGCAGGCAACGUCAGCAUAAAAAGGUGCCUGUCUUUCUCUCCGAAGCAACAGAAUGUGAUGUCUUAGAAAAGUUUUUCUUUUUAGUUUCUGAGAUGAGCCCAACAGGGAGGAAAGCCACUUGUGUGACUCUUGCACGAUCCUUCCCUUGAUUUUCUCUUUUUAAAAGAUUGUACAGCUAUUCUCAUCAGUGAAAGAGCACCUCGGGGAGGGACAGCCUUUCCUCUUUUCUGUUCAUCCGUCUCAUCAACCUGCCUCCCUGACUUACCUUUUCCCCAUUAACUGUUCCCUUCUGCGUCAGAUACAGGAUUGCCAAUUUCACCAGGGGCCGGCAUAAUCUUAUUCUUUCCCUGUUUCCCUGAUGGCUCUCAUUUUGGGAGAUGGGCUUGUCUCUGAUGAGAAACAUAUUGCCAUUUUAGGCUAUUCUAGGGGGAACGAAAGUCUCCAUAAUUCAUGCUUUUUGUGGCUGUCUUGUCUGUGUGAUAUAUUCUUAUCCCCAUCCCUUCCUGCCCCUUGGCUUUAUGCAGUUAGCUUUCCCCCAACGGCUUGCUGUCAUCUAUGAUUUCACUUUGGGAAUGGAGCUGGUUGCCGAACGAACUAAUUAAAAUUGGGGAAAUGUGCCAGUCGACAGACGCUCAGCCCUCUCCCCUGUUGCAACUUGGUGGCCGGCGGAGGUGGGCAUUGGGGUACCUCCCGACUGUCAGUAUAUUGCGUGUGUGUAUGUGUGUUCAGGCACAUAGUGUUUUGAAGUGCACUGUUGUCCUAAUGCAAGAAAUCUAGGUAAAGGUAAAGGGACCCCUGACCAUUAGGUCCAGUCGUGACUGACUCUGGGGUUGCAGCGCUCAUCUCGGUUUAUUGGCCGAGGGAGCUGGCGUACAGCUUCCGGGUCAUGUGGCCAGCAUGACUAAGCCGCUUCUGGCGAACCAGAGCAGCGCACGGAAACGCCGUGGUACCUAUUUAUCUACUUGCGCUUUGACGUGCUUUCGAACUGCUAGGUUAGCAGGAGCAGGGACCGAGCAACAGGAGCUCACCCCGUCGCGGGGAUUCGAACCACCGACCUUCUGAUCGGCAAGUCCUAGGCUCUGUGGGCCCCACAGCGCCACCCGCAGACUUUUUAUUGUUGGGAAAUGCAUUGGAAAGUGUGGGAUGCAAUGAAAAACCCAUUAUAGUGCAUUGAAAGGUGUGGACUGAACAUAUGACUAAUGGGAAGAUGUAUAAGUGCUUGUCAAAGAGCGAGCAGGGAGUAAAUCACACCAUUCAAAGUUGGAGUUAACUUUUUAUUAGCAAAAACACGAUCUUCACAGACUUGGCUGGGUGUCAGGACUAAAUGAACACAGCAGCUCAUUCCCUGUAGGUCUUACCCCGUGAAUCAGUUGCCAAGACUGUAAGUCCAUGCCUCCUCACAGCCAUCCAAGUCCCCUCCUCUCCAGAGCUUUCCCCCAGCAAUUGGAGACUAUGCCUGCAUGCAGCCUGCCGCUGCUCCACCUCUUUCAGCCCUCUUCUGGUUCUGGGAGACAAAAGGGGGAGGUGAGCAGCAAAAAGGAGAGACACCGGUGACUCUUCACCAGCCUGACACAUCUCUAUCUCUUCGCCUCCUCCUCCCAUUCACCAACUUCAGCUUCUGCCUCUGAUUCUGGACUUCCCUCUGCCACAGAGUCACCCAGCUCACUAAGCCCUGUUACCCCUUAAGCUUCCAAUACGUCCUAUUCCCAGUCUUCCUCCUCUGAUCGCUUGUUGCCAUGCCGCCACCACUCCCUGGGCUCUGAGCCUUCUUCCCUUGUUGGUUCCCCAGCUGGUGGCCCCCACCUCUCUUCUCUGUCCAACCAGUCCAUGACAGCGCCCUGCAAGCAGAUCAGGAUGAAUGCGCAUUGGACCUCCCAUGAGGUCUGCUACAACGUGUUGCUAAGUCAAUCAUAGUGCAUUAAAGGUAAAGGGACCCCUGACCAUUAGGUCCAGUCGUGACCAACUCUGGGGUUGCGGCGCUCAUCUCACUUUAUUGGCCAAGGGAGCCGGCGUACAGCUUCCGGGUCAUGUGGCCGGCAUGACUAAGUGAACCAGAGGAACGCAAGGAAACGCUGUUUACCUUCCCGCCGGAGCAGUACCUAUUUAUCUACUUGCACUUUGACGUGCUUUCGAACUGCUAGGUUGGCAGGAGCAGAGACCGGGCAACGGGAGCUCACCCCAUCGCGGGGAUUUGAACCGCCGACCUUCUGAUCGGCAAGUCCUAGGCUCUGUGGUUUAACCCACAGCGCCACCCGCGUCCCUUAGUGCAUUAGGCGUGGGUGCAUUAGGGGUGGGUUUAUACUGGGCUAUCCACAUAUAAUUCUGCUUUAUUAGUUGUUCUGCAGUAGUUCCCCAAUGUUAGGAGCUUUAUUGCCAUCUUGGGGGGGGGGCAAUUCUUGUACUUAAAAGCAGGUCAGAAAGGAACCUCUGUGGUAUGAAAAGUUACAGGAUUUCAGCAAAUGGGACGCACCUCCACUCUCCGUUCUUUCUCUGGCCUCUGCACACUUCCUUCUCCUGCUUUACUGUGACUGAGGCAAAGGGCUACAUAUGGUGUUAGGUUUUUCUGCAGGGAUGCAUUACAGGUUUGGGGUGUGUGUCAUUCUUUUAAACAAAGCAUUUCCCCACGUUUCUGCAAACAGGUGCAAUUGAAGACCUGAGACACACGUUGCACUUUUGGUGGUUUAAAUGCAAACUGUGCCCCUGCUUCUGACUCCGUCUCCUCUCUUGACUCUUCCAGCUGGUCCUGGCCGAGAGCUCCCAUUCGGACGCCGGUUCCCAAUGCACCGAGAGCCACACAGAUCUUCCUCCUCCCAUCGAGAGAACAGGAGGCAUCGGAGACUCCCGCCCCCCUUCCUUUCAGUAUGGCUCUUUAAAAUAUAUGUAUAUGAAUGUAUUUAUUAAUGCUUUUUCCUUUGCCGCAGAGUGAUCUAGGUUCUGCCAAGCUUCUGCUAUGGCUGAGAGGUGUACUUAUUUUCCAAAAUAGAAUUGGAGCUUCCCUUUGCUCUUUUAAGUACAAAAAGGCUCCUUAAAAAAGAAUAUAAAUCAAUUGUGGGGAACUUGCAGCCUGUGGCUUCCCUGUUUAGCCCACAAAGCCAUUUUGGCCAGGCCGCGGAAACCUGCCCAUAUAUGACAUCAUAUAGGGUGACAACAUCAUCUGACAUUAUCUAUGAUGAUGACAUCAUCUGACGGUAUAUAUGAUGACACCACCACCUGAGAUUAUAUUUGGUGAUGACAUCAUCUGACAUCAUGUAUGAUGUUAAGUGUGGAGCAGGUAAAGAGAUGUCUGGGCCAGGUCACAGGUCCCGCAACAGCCCUGCACACCUACCCUGAGGGACCAGCUGACAUCCAGCUGGUCAGUGCUUGCAAAGCACCACCCACAGAGCCAGUCAAGCCGCAGUAAUCAGCUGAUAAAUCAGCUGACACCGUUGUGAUGUCAGGAGAUUGACAGGUGGAGGCGUUCCCUAUCCCUAACUUAAGAAUAUCCCAUCCUUUCAGAAGCCUUCCCUUCUUCAUUUCUGCCUGAGUUCCUUAUCUGUGUGAGCCUUCCUGACCAGCAGGUGAUCUUUACUUGCGUUUGGAUUAUUCAUUCCCUGCUGCUUUGCACACUAAAUUUGUCCCUCCCCAUCCCUACUAAGUCCAGCAACCUGUGGAGGGCCUCAGGUUCCUCUCUUCUUCCUUACAGGCAGAGUAAGAACAGACGCUUGGUUCUGGGGUGUUCUUGUAUUGCAUUAAAUGUCUAGAAAAAUCACCUGAGUGUCACCCCUUAGAAAACAAAACAGCCUUGCAGAACUGGAAAGUCAAGAGUGCACAGAUUUUGUCCCUUCUUGGGCCAUCUCUCCAGCUUUUGCUUUUUCUUCUCCUGGAAAGCGUCACAGCCACUUCUGUGCCUACUUUCUGCCGGCCUGGUGAGGGGCGGGGAAAUGGAGGGCUUGUGUUCCUGCUGCUGCUGCCAGGCCUUACUUCUAUCCUCUCGUUCUCUUGCUGCCCCCUUGUGGCUCUCAAGCCGUCUCCCAAGCGCCUGGGCAGCUGCCGUCAUGUGAUCAGCUGGUCUGACUCGUUCUUUGUCUCCCUCUCACAGUCUCUGUUUUCCUAGGAACACAGGGAGCCGCUGGACACUGAGUCAGGUCACUCAGUAGCUCACUAGUGUCUACACUGAACGGUAGCACCUCUCUCAGCUGUUCCCAGCUCUCCUUUGGAGAUGGAAGCUGGGCCCUUCUGCAUGCUACAGUUCUUCCCUUCAGAUACGGGAACCUGGAAGCUGCUUUAUACUGAAUCAGAUCAUUUUAUUUAAUAAUAGUAAUAAUAAUCCAGCUAGCUUAGUAUUGUCUGGCAGCAGCUCUCCUGGGUUUGAGAUAGAGGGCAUUCCCAGCCCUGCCUAGAGAUGCUGGGGUUUGAACUUAGGUCCUUCCUCAUGCAAAGUAGAUCAUCGAAUUGUAGUGUUGUAGAGUUGGAAGGAACCAUGAGGGUCAUCUAGUCCAACCCCCUGCAACGCAGGAACCUUUUUGCCCAACAUGGGUCUCAAACCCAUGACCUUGAGAUGAAGAGUCUCGUGCACUACAGAUUGAACUACUCUGUCACUGAGCUUCCCCCCAAGCUGAUUUCUCCCUCCAGUGCAGUAUUGACUGCUCUUGAUGGGUAGCAGCUCUGCAGGCCACCCUGCUCAUAUUUUACAUUGGAGGAACCAAUGAACUCACGUUUUGGACCUUCUGCCUGCAAAUCAAUAUUCUACUCCAGGCAUAGGCUAACUCUGGCCCUCCAGAUGUCUGGGACUACAAUUCCCAUCAUCCCUAGCUAACAGGACCAGUGGUCAGGGAUGAUGGGAAUUGUAGUCCCAAACAUCUGGAGGGCCGGAAUUUGCCUAUGCUUAUUCUAUUCUAUUCUAUUCUACAUUUCUUUCAUAAAAUAUUUAUUAAGAUUUACAAUAAACAUAGGUUUAAAGAGUUAAAAAAAGAGUUUACAAUACACAUAGGUUUAAAGAGUUAAAAAAAUAAACCGAAGAUUACACAAAAAUAGAAAAAGAAAAAAGAUAACAAGAAAAAUACCUAAAAAAGAAAACCUAAAAGAGAAAAAGGAAAAUACAAAAUACAAAAAGCAGAUGUCUAAAAAAGAAAAAGAGAAAAAAGAACAUUUAAAAAAGAAAAGAUCCAUUUUUCGAUAUCUUUAGGCUCAUUUACUUAUUUCCUUGACCUCCUCACACCUCCCCUUUUUGUAUUCCCGUUUACAAAAUCCUUUCAGCAAAUCCUUACCCUCUUUCAUUUAUCUUUACUCUGUAUCUUAACCUAUUAUAACUAUAUAUUUUCAUCCAUAUAACAAUCUAUAUUUGCAUAUUCUUGUUAACCUUAUUACCAAAACCACUUAUUUCCAUUCCAACAUCAUUUUAACAUUCAUUAAUUUUACAGUAUUUCUGCAAAUAGUCUUUAAAUUUCUUCCAAUCUUCUUCCACCGACUCUUCUCCCUGGUCUCGGAUUCUGCCAGUCAUUUCUGCCAAUUCCAUAUAGUCCAUCACCUUCAUCUGCCAUUCUUCCAAAGUGGGUAGAUCUUGUGUCUUCCAAUACUUUGCAAUGAGUAUUCUUGCUGCUGUAGUAGCAUACAUAAAAAAGUUCUGUCCUUCUUUGGCACCAAUUGGCCGACAAUGCCCAGAAGAAAGGCCUCUGGUUUCUUCAAGAAGGUAUAUUUAAAUACCUUUUUCAGUUCAUUAUAUAUCAUUUCCCAGAAAGCCUUAAUCCUUGGGCACGUCCACCAAAGGUGAAAGAAUGUACCUUCAGUUUCUUUACAUUUCCAACAUUUAUUAUCGGGCAAGUGAUAGAUUUUUGCAAGCUUGACUGGGUUCAUGUACCACCUGUAUAUCAUUUUCAUAAUAUUCUCUCUUAAAGCAUUACAUGCCGUAAAUUUUAUACCUGUGGUCCUCAACUGUUCCCAGUCAGCAAACAUAAUGUUAUGUCCAACGUCCUGUGCCCAUUUAAUCAUAGCAGAUUUCACCGUUUCAUCCUGAGUGUUCCAUUUUAACAGCAAGUUAUACAUUCUUGAAAGUAUCUUUGUUUUAGGAUCUAACAGUUCUGUUUCCUACUUUGAUUUUUCCACCUGGAAGCCAAUUUUUUAAUCUAAAUUAUAAGCCUCUCUUAUUUGAUAAUAAGGAAGCCAGUCUCGCACUUUAUCUUUUAGUUUCUCAAAACUCUGCAAUUUCAAUUUGUCUCCUACUUGCUCCAAGAUUUCCCAAUAUUUCGGCCACUUGGCCUCUCUAUUCUACAUUUCUAUCCAGGAAGCUCAAAGUGGCGUACACUUUGUCCUUCUCCAUUUUGUCCUCACAGCAGCCUUGUGAGGCAGGUUAGUCUGAGAGAUAAGAGCUGCCAGCCCGAGGUCACCCAGUGAGUUUCAUGACUGAGUGAGGAGGGGAUUUGAACUCUGGUCCUCCCAGGUUCCCGUCUACGAUUCUUAACCGUUGCACCAAACUGACUACACCAAAUGGACUGAAUUUUAGAUCCGCCCUCUGCAAAAAGAAAAAAAAGAAAUGCAUUUGUUACCAUUGUGAAAACUGACCUACUGCAAACCACUCGCCUUACCUCCGUAUGUUAAGGUUAGCUCACUCGCCUUACCCCCACAUGUACCAAGUCUACAGGGCUAGCUGCCCAGUCCAGCCUGAAAACAACUUCUGGUCGCUAGAUGGCUCUGCUGAGACAGAUUGAUUGCAGGGUUGGCACCAAGAUAAAAACUCUGGUCUUUUUGCAUGAGAUGGAAAAACGGGGGCCAUAUCUGUAGGGGUUAGAACGUCAUUCUAGGACUGGGGGAGCUGCAGCAGGCUGCAUCCCUCGCGGGAUAUGUAUUAAAAUAUGGUUGCCCGCCUAUAAGAAACAGCUGCCGUUCUCUAUCCACACCUGAGAUGGCACUGUACGGGAAGGACUGUACCGUAUCCCCCGACUGAAUGCUUUUGAAACCAUUUUGGAUCCAAUUGCAACAGACAUGCAAAAUGAACCCCGCCGGGGUUUUGGCAAAACGGUAUAUGGGCUUGUUUCGAACUCGGGUCACUUCUUGUGCUCUCUUUAUUCCUACAGCCCAAACGCCGCAAGCAGCCGAGAUGGACUGGACAACGAGACGGGGACAGAGUCCGUCAUCAGCCACAGGAGGGACCGACACCGGCGGAGGAACCGAGAGGGCCACGAAGACGGUAAGUUGGCGCUUCCUUGCUUUGUUCUCUUUGAGGGUCCCCUCGGUCGUUGUUGCCAGCUUCUUUUGCAGAGACCGACCUCAAAUAUUGGCUUGGGGAUUUUGCAAAACACAAAUGAAUUGCAUCACACCGGCAAGUAUCACAUAGCGUUCCGUGGGCUGCUUAUUUGCACUGCCAAGGACGGGUCAGCUGAUAGCACAUCACUGUCGGUGCUGCCUGGUUGGCGCUGACCCAGGACACGGUCUUCUUGAUGGCAGUUUUCUGUUUUGUGGAAUGCCCAGUCAACCCAGUGAGGUGCGCCUGUCUCCCUCAUUAUUAACCUUUGGGAGGAAUGAAGAAACAUUCUAGUUCACUCAGGAAUUUGACAAUUGAGUGAAUGGUUGGGAGAUACUGGGUCUGUGUCCAGUGCUAGCCCUUCAAGACCCUUGAAGUUAAUGGACACAACUAACUUGGGCCUAUUAAUUUAAACAGGCCUAUUUGGAGUCAGACGCCACUGGAUACAACCCAUUGAUCUUAGCAGUCUUGAAAUUAUUAGCUAGGAGAGUGUGUUGUUGUUCUCAAACAUUUUAAAUGUGGCUUUAUUUCAUUUUUAACAGUAUUGUUUUAUGUGUUUGCCACCUGGGGCAUCUUUGGGAGAAAGGAAGGCUUAUAAAUUAUUAUUAUUAUUAUUAUUAUUAUUAUUAUUAUUAUUAAUAGAAUGAUAUAUUGCAAGUUCAGUUGUGCUAUGGGGUGGGGGUGGGGGAAAGAGUUGCAGUGUAUAUGUGGUGCCCACAAUAAUCCCACUGGCCUGCAGAUGCAACUAUGUGCCCGAAAGGUUUGCAAGCCCUGAUCUGCGCGCGGAAGCUUCCAUUUUGCUUUACUUUCUUUCUUACGUUUAUUCCCCACCUCUUCUCCAGGGAGCUCAGGGUGUGGCAUGCACAGUUCUACCCCCUCCUCAUUUUAUCUUCACAACAACCCUGUGUGGUGGGUUAGGCCGAGAGGCAGUGACUGGCCCAAGGUUGCACCUCCUUUCAUGGCUCAGUGAGGAUUCGAACCCUGGUCCUCGUCCGGCACUCUAACCACUACGCCACACCGGUAUUCCGGGGCAGAGAGCAGUGAUUGUGGGAAGCACGCCCUUUGUCUAAUUCCCACCACAGUGCAUUAAGAACUCUGCCCGUGCACCUUUUAUUGCCUUUCCAGUUUAAGUAGUAGAUAUUCUGCCUGUCGCUCUGUCAGGCCAGUAAGAGCUAUUCAGCAGUGGAACAGUCUCCCUCGGAAGGUGGUGGGCUCUCCUUCCUUGGAGGUUUUUAAGCAGAGAUUGGACGGCCAUCUGCCAGGGAUUCUUCAGCUGCGAUUCCUGCCUUGAAGGGGGUUGGGACUGGAUGACCCUCGGAGUCUCUUCCAGCUGUACAAUUCUACAAUUUGAUCAGUGGGGCUAGCGAAAGGAUUCCUGUGGCUGUGGUCCGUUGCGUCCUCAACCCCCUUCCCUGUUGUGCGUGUGCCGUCCUCUGAAAUACACACAUUUGCGUUGACCUUCUGCUGUUUCACCUGCAAAGCAAGGUUCCCAACGACCGCUAACAAAAGAUUUAUUUUGUCCUCCCCCCGGCUUGGAGGGAAGUUGGCCUUUUGCAAAGUGGUUUUCAAAACCGAGCAGGUGGGAGUUUGGACAACAGAGAAAUAAUUACACGAAGCUGGGGUGGGCAGGCAGAUGGAGGGCGAAGCGAUUGUGGGAAGUGUAUGUCGUUGUGUCUCUGUCUCCCACCCUGUGCAUUUUCCCUUUUCAAUUUAAUUAGUAGAUAUUCUGUCUGUAGCCCUGUCUGCUUUUUUAACACUGCAAACGAGAGGCGCCUUUUGUCCCAGAGAGAGACUGAAGUGUGUGUAUGUCCCGCCUCCUCUUGAAACAACAUGGAUGGUUACUGGUAGGAAAAAUUGACCAGGUCCCAUUAAAGGGGGGGGGCUUAAUUAGGAGCAUGGGAGGUCUGUUCUUGGGACCCCUUCCUUGCUAGGACAAAGAUUUCUUUUUCUUUUACCACUACCGCCACUUCCGUUUGCUAAGGAUGAGCAAGAAAAGAGGGACUCAGUUAGGGAGGUAAUGAAGAGGAGGGGUUCCCCCGUUCGUCCGUGCUCAGAAUGUUUUAGAGUCUCCGCUGUGUGGUGUGUUGUUCGUUGUUUCCACCCCUUCCAAGUGUCAAGUGCUGAUGUAAUUGUUUGGAUGCUGGCAGAAUGGCCUGUUCCGUGGGAACCUAAGGAGCUGCCUUCUACUGACUCAGGCCAUCGGUUCGUUUAUCUCAGUAUUGCCUACACUGACUGGCAGCAGCUCUCCAGGGUUUCAGGCAGGGGACAGUCCCAGCCCUCUCUGGGACUGGGAAAGUAGAGUAAUGCUCUAUUAUUACAUCAAUAAAAGGUAAAGGACCCCUGAACAUUAGGUCCAGUUGUGACCGACCCUGGGGUUGCGGCGCUCAUCUUGCUUUAUUGGCCGAGGGAGCCGGCAUACAGCUUCCGGGUCAUGUGGCCAGCAUGACUAAGCCACUUCUGGCGAACCAGAGCAGCGCACGGAAAGGCUGUUUACCUUCCCGCCGGAGCGGUACCUAUUUAUCUACAUGCACUUUGACGUUCUUUCGAACCUCUAGGUUGGCAGGAGCAGGGACCGGGCAACGGGAGCUCACCCUGUCGCGGUGAUUCGAACCGCCGACCUUCUGAUCGGCAAGCCCUAGGCUCUGUGGUUUAACCCACAGUGCCACCCGCGUCCCAUUGAGUACAUCAAUGCCCUGAUGCUAAACACAGACUCACUCACUCACUCGCUCCAUUUUGGGGACCUCCAAGCAAGAUCAUGGCGGAAAAGUCUCUCAGUGGCUAUGUUCCAACUCCAGGAUGUUUCUUGAGAAACCAGUUUUGCUGGCGAGCAUUGGUGGGAGAGGGACAUUGGCCUCUCUUCCAACUUGUGGGCUUUCCAGGGGCACCUGGUUGGGCUGCUGGAACAGUAGGCCUCUGUUCUGACCCAGCCAGGGCUCUUCUGUACUUUUGAGUCUUGGACAGCACCUGUUAUUCACAGGUAUACUUCCUCUAAGUAUGGAGGUUCCAUUGGGAUACCAUGGCUGAUAGAGCUGCCUGCCAUGACUUAUCAAAGUGCUUGCCGCAUCAGAUCCGAGUUCCACCUGGCCCAGCACGCUGCUAGCAGCUCCCCUCUGACUUGUGGACACCUUCGCCUUCAUUCCUCUAUAAAGCCGGAGCAUUAGGCUGUCCUUCCUAAUUAGGCGUCACUUGCCAAAUGGCCGGGGCUGUGUUUGGCGUCUUAAUUAACUCGGAUUGUCAGUUCAGAACAGAAACGCCUUCCUUGAUUUCUCUCUGCCCUGGCCUCUCCGAGGUCCUGCAGGAUUCGCACUCAGAAGCAUUUCCUUGACCCCCCCGGGCUGCCUCUGCUUCUUGCGAUAAAAGCGACAGAGGCUGCGGUUCGGCCCCAGGAGAGAAAUGCCUUGCCUUAAUUGUCACGGCGGAUCGGAAGGCCCUUUUCUCUGAGAGCCCUGGCGGCCUUUUCCGUUCUCUGAUGCUGAAGUGUGAGGUGAUGAAGGUCAGGCAGCCGAGGAAAGCCUUGGUCAUUAUCGGGGAAAUGUGACUGAAGUCCCCAAUUGGUACGGGAGAAGUGGACGCCCCGGAGGCGGAAUGAUCGCCUGUCUUGCUUUGGAGGGUGGGAAAUGUGAUGGAGAUGUCUCUUGUCUUCACAAAAUGAAGGGGCAGCGAAGAAGGCCGAAGGGGCCAAGAAAAAAGGCUGGUUGUGAUUCCUCCCACCACAGAAUUUGCUAGUUCAGAAGGAACAGUGUUUCAAGCCACUGCUGCAGGAGCUUGUGGAGCAGAGUGGUUCAAGGCCCGGGCCCAAACCCUCUUUUUGCUCUCAGACUCAAAAGGUGGUAGAGUGUCCUCCAUCAGAGGUUUUUAAACCAGGCAUAGGCAAACUUGGUCCUCCAGAUGUUUUUGGGACUACAACUCCCAUCAUCCCUGACCACUGGUCCUGUUAGCUAGGGAUGAUGGGAGUUGUAGUCCCGAAACAUCUGGAGGGCCGAGUUUGCCUAUGCCUGUUUUAUUUUUAUUUUUUUGCGAUUUCUGCAUUGCAGGGGGUUGGACUAGACAACCCUUGGGAGAAUCCCUCUCAACCCUACAACUCUAUGAUUCUAAGCUCGUCACGAGUGGCUUCAGGCCAGUCGCCACCCCUCAUCCCAACCUGGCUUUCAGGGAUAUUUGUGAGGAUGAGAUGGGCAGUUUGAAUCAGGAGAGUGGCCUGAUCUGAAUUGCUUCCCCAGCCAUUGAGUUUCCCUUCCUGUCUGCCCUCUGGAUCCUGGCUCCCCUCCAUCCUACAUGGCUGCUUGUGGGCAUGCAAGCGGGCAGCAGUGGUGGCAGUUGCUGGGGAGUGAGCAAUGGCUUAUGGCAACAGUGAACAAUUUUAUUUUAUUUUAACACGAGGACCACAUUUCAUUGGGGGUUAUCUGUUGGGGGGCCACAGGGCAGGCUGCAGCUGAUGAGAAGCCCAGGAAGCUGCCUUGUACCAAGUCUAACCAACCCACCCACCUAGCUCAGUGUGGUCUGCACUGACUGGCAGCGGCUCCCCAGGUUUUCAUACAUGGGUCUCUCCCAGCCCUACCUGGAGGUGCCUUGAGUUGAGCACCUUCUGCAUGCAAAGCGAGUGCCCUAACCACAGCCCUUAAGACAAAUGAACAUUGGAAGCUGCCUAUUGCCCACCUAGCUCAGUGUUGUCUGCACUGACUGGCAGCUGCUUUCCAGGGUUUUUAGAUGUGGGACAUUCCCAGCCUUACCUGGAGAUGCUGGGGACUGAAGCCAGGACCUUCUGCACUCAAAGCAGGUGCUCUGUCUGCUUGCCCUGGCAGCGGGCAGAGCAAAGGCGGGCAUAACCUGUUCUCUUUCUCUCUCUCUGGAGCAUCCCUUAUCUGGUGACCCCCCCAAAACUUGAGUUCCCCACUACCUCUCCUCCUUGCUCUGCACCUUUCCAGGGUAGCCUAACCAGAAGACCACAAAGCCGUCUCCUCCCCUCGUCCUCUCACCCUUUCGUCUACUCUAAAGGACACCCAUCUCAGACCUCCCCAGCUGCCCUCCAUAUCCUCCUAAGCUGUUAACGUGGCCCAGCCAAUCUCCCUGCUCUUAGCUAUUUUCAUCUCCCUUCAUAAUCCACCCCCCGCCAAACCCCUUCUGUUGCAGCCUUCUUGAGCAAUUGACACACGCGGUCACGUUUUCCUCAAAGUGCCCAGAAACCAAAUGCCAGGCUCCACAGUUGACUCCCUCAUGGGCCCUGCGAAUAGUCAGACUGUGGACUGUGGAUCCUUUUCAUUAGCUGUGAGGUGGCAAGCCCAGGUUUGUAGGGGGUUGUCGGAGGACUACGACAAAAAACUGGAGAGGAAAUCGCCGAUGCUCUCAUAUUUGCCGCAUGUCCAGAAUGGAUGAGUGUGAGUGGAAUUUGCUGCUGCUGUUUCCCGUCUGCAAUAUGUAAUCAAUACAUUUCCCUCCGCCAUUUGCAAUGUGUUUCCUUUGCAUUGAGGUGAAAAGGGCGGAAUAACGUAUAAAGAGGACGCAACUUAGGUAGAUUACAUAAGUUACAAAAUUUCACAGUGGAAUUUUUUCAGUGGAAUAUUUGAAUUUAUUGUUACGGUCACAGACCAGUUCCGACUCACUUACAAUAUCAGAAAAAUCAUAAAACACGACGGGAAUAGAUUGAAUUGCAAUUGGGUUUAGCAGAGAUAAUUCAGAUUUAACAGCAGUUAACAAUAUACAUUAAAUCUUGAUCACUAAAAUAUAACCUAAAAUUAUCAUUUAAAACCUUAAUCAUUUUGGUAGUACAGCUUGUUCCCUAAGUUUUAUGGCAGUCGCACAGAAUUUGGCCACCCUUAGCGUGAUCUCUACAUCCUUGUCCUCUACCAGGAGUUUUAGACAUUGGGGUUCGGACCCAUUUUUCAGUGGAAUAGAAAAACAGUGCUGUGUGCAGAAAAUGCAGAGCAGAACAGAAAACAAUGCCUUCUGGCAUCCCAAGGCCUGAACUUGAUGGGGACCUACAAGUUGUCCUAACUCUUGCAUGGUUCUGCACGUUCCCAAGCAUUCGCUCGUCCUGUUCACACAUUACCUUUUGAAAGUGUACAUUAAAAAAGAAAAGAAAAGAAAAGCAGCAGCCACUUUGUUGGUCUGCUGCAAUGAAAGGGUCUCAUGGCUCCUUAUAAAGACUAGGACAUUUUGUUUAUAGCAUUAUAUUUUGUGUGCCAAAGCCGCUUUGAGAGCCAGUGUGGUGUAGUGGUUAAGAGCGGUAGUCUCGUAAUCUGGUGAACCGGGUUCGUGUCCCCGCUCCUCCACAUGCAGCUGCUGGGUGACCUUGGGCCAGUCACACUUCUCUGAAGUCUCUCAGCCCCACUCACCUCACAAAGUGUUUGUUGUGGGGGAGGAAGGGAAAGGAGAAUGUUAGCCGCUUUGAGACUCCUUAGGGUAGUGAUAAAGCGGGAUAUCAAAUCCAAACUCUUCUUCUUCUUCUUCUUCUUCUUCUUCUUCUUCUUCUUCUUCUUCUUCUUCUUGAUGGAUGCAUGUAACAGUAUUUUCACUUGUAGCAUCACAGAGCUGGAAGGGCACCUCAGAAACCAUUUAGUCCAACCUGCUGCAUAGCACAACAGUUAGCAGGUGCACAGUGGUUCAGUGUUAGAAGCUGGAAUUGUGGGGCACCUGCCAAGAAGCCUCACAUCCCAGCAUGUGGCCCCACUGCUGACCCCUGGGGCACCGUGGCCGUUCUCUGCUACUCCUCCCUGUUCUUCAUCUCUUCUCAGUUUGAUGGCAAGUCAUCUACUGUAGCCUACAUUUAUACACGAUGAUCGUGGCAUUGCUGAUAUUUUGCUUGCUGUGCCUACUUCCGCUUGCUUAUAAUCCUGUGUGGUUUUGCAUUCGGACAUCUUUUAUCAGCCUCGCUUUGUAUGAAGGCCAUGCGUUGCCCAUAAUCUCACUGCAGAAGACAACCGAUCACAUAACAAGCUCGUUCUUUGUGCAGCAUUUGCUUGGCUCGAAGGGAAAUGACCUGUGGUGGGGACAGGUGAACCUUGUCACUUCUGGCUCCUCUCAGCUUCCCACUCUUCCAACCUUAAGUUCUUUUGGCCACAUUUCCACAUCAUUUUACAAUUUGGUUAUUUUUUUUAAAAAAUUCCUCACAAUUCCUUAUGUUCUUUAAAAAAAAAACCUCACAAAAAUUUAUCCAUUUUGUUGAAGCUUUUUUUGCCUAACGGAGUGCCUUUUUCUUUGCUGUUUUCAUGGACAGACACCCCCGCCCUGUGUGAUUCCUCCCCCAUGUUUUUCCGGUCGGCAAACUGCGCCGUGAAUUCCAGAGAUGUGCGGAUCGAGAAGGAGAGUUUUGUGUGCACGCCUCAGUUUGGCGUGUGUGCUUUAUGUGUGUGUGAAUUAGGUAGGCUCUCAUGAAAACAACCGACCAAAUUUCUUCCCCCGCCUCGGACCUGCGGUGGCCUGUGACGGACUCUUCCUGAAGACAGCUAUUCAUUUUCUGGCGGCUGGCGAGCCAGGAAAUGGUAGGGAACGUGGCCAUUGGGAGACAGUUUUGCAUAGCUCCCUCCUCAUUGGCUUAACGCCGAGAGGGGGACGUGGCCUGCCAGAGGCAAAUCUGCAUAUGCCAGCUGGGGUGUCUUAAGGUAUCUCCCAGCACAAGGAGUCUGGGCCAGGGGCUGGUUCAAAGAGACUUUCGAGGAAUCUCAGCAGGCGAAAGUUGUCCUCCAUUCUGGAUGAACAGGUACAAUUUUGCUGUGUGGACGGAGGUGCUUCAGGUUUUUUGUGUGGAAGCUGCAAUUUGGGAGGGAUGAGAAGCCUCAGGGGCAAUUUCCCCUCCUGCGUUCCCCCUUUGUCGCUCUUACAAACAAAUGAGAUCCUUGAAAGCUGAAAUACUCAGUUUUAACUCUUGUCUAAUCCCACAGAAGCUUAUGUUUCCUGAAAUCCAAAAUCCAAGUGCUUUGGUUUGAACUGGGGCUUGAGGAUUAAGCUGCCCUGCAAAGGGCUUUUAAAUUUUUUUUUACAGUUUGGGCAACCGUUUUGUUAUUCCCAAGGAGCCAAAUAAAUCCUGCCUCCCUUCGUCUGCUAAAGGGGAUCGCGGCAGUGGCUUAGCACAACUCGGGGGAGCUGAAAUGCAAUACCGCCCGAAAGGGAGGCAACGUUCGCACGCAAGUGACUGAAGGCGCAAGCUGGAUGGUGGCACACGCAGCUGCCAGCAAUUUCCACAGAUGUGGUGGUGCUUUUUCUAGCAGCCUUAAGGCUGGGAAUCCCCUACUGCAGGGAUACCCAUUGUGGCACCCUCCAGGAUGUUGCGGCACUGCCUCUCCCAUCAACCCCCUACGCCCACAGCAAAGGCUGAUAGAAAUAGGGGCAGAAUUCAAUUUGGUUUGCCUGCAAAUGUGAACAUUUGCACUGUCUGAAGCGGUCUGCAAACCGAAAAGCCCUUCAAAAUUCACACUUCUCCGAAUUUUGCAAUUUGCAAGUUUUGUGUACAAAAGUGUGUUUAUUAAGGCAAAGGGUGAACAGAAAUGCAUGCGUUUGUGAGAACCGUACACACAAAAAUCCAUUACUUUGGAGGAAAUUGUUUUGGAAACACCUCUAUAGUAGGGGAAAGCGCUUAUAAACUUGCAUGUCAUUAGGAAAAAUAUGCUGGUGGGUUUUUGGAAAGAUUCUUUUUUUAAAUGUACAAACUGAGGGGGUUGAAUGUUGAGAAUUGAACUUAAAAGUUUGGGGGAAAUUAGAAAGUGGGAGAAAACCAAAAUGAUAGAUUCACCCAUCCCCUUUUGGAGAUGAAGGGAGCUGUACCCCAGUCCCAUCUGGGUAUAUGUGUCCUGCCAGCCACUGCCUUGUUCCUUAACGAUGGUCUGAAAAUCUAAUCUAAUACAACUUUUUUGGCCUUCAUACGGCAAUUUUUUAAAAUGCACACAUUUCAGUAAAAUCUCUCCACCAGCCCACCACUGCCCCAUGCCUCCUAUCAUUAUAAUCCAGCACAGUUAGUUGUAAAUAAUCAUGCAAAUUUGAAAUGGCUUAGGGAUGAAGAGCCUUUAUCCUGUGCAUCCCAGGAUCCCAGUCUUUAAAAGGAUUUGGGGGGGUUACUGGGAGUAAUUACAAAAAUGAAAGUGACCCCUUUCAUAAUGACCCCCCCUCUAUUUGUGGCUGCAAAGUGUUUUAUUCGUGUUUUAUUCUCUGCAGCUUCGGGGAAGAUCCGGCGCUUGGCGGUAGACUUUGUUCCCUGCGCGAAAUACCUUCUUGGGAUUCCCUCCAGCAGCAAAGAGGCUUCCUGAUCUCUCUAAGCGUGCUUUGCGCAGUCUCUGAGUCUCUUUGGUGUGGAGUUUUGCUUAAUGCUUCAGCUGGGUUGCUGAAGAUCUCUACGUGGUCUCCUCCUCCCAAAUACAUCUGGGAUAGCUUUGUUCAGAGCGUUUGGCUUCUCUUCCUUAAACGUACACAGGCUAUGAGCUGAGAGGUUGACACCUCAACGUGUUGUGGUUGCUGCGGAUUUGCUGGUUUUUUUGCAUCAGGCGGUGCACGGCGCAACGGGUGCUCCCUCUGCCCGAGAUGGUGACUUCUGCGUUUUGGGAAUGUUUGGGCCGUGGUCGGCUGCAGCAGGAUGGACCCCGUGUGGUGCCACAGCUGCGUCCAUGCUCCCCUCUGAGACCCGCCAGCAGCAGGAAACACUCUCCCCCCUGGGGCUGUCGCCUUCUGAGGCCAAUCAAAUGCUACCCAGAAGCUCCACCUUCUGUACAUCAUUGUAGGUAUCGGGCUUGUUAAGAACUGCUUCCGGGGGGGGGGGGGCAGGUGCCAACCACUUGCAUGUGGUUCUGUCUUCCAAACAGAGUUUCUAUUGAAGCAUUGAUGCGACUGCUGCAACCUUGGCUUGCAAAAAUCAGCUGCGCACACACUCACAUCCCUUCCCAUUUCCAGAUGACGGUUAAGUCCAAAGAGCUCUCUAGCUACAGUGCAAUGAUUUAAAAAAAAAAUAAUACUCUUUAAUGCUAACCCAGUCUAUGAAAUGGAAUUGGCAGGAGAUUCAGGAUAAGGAAGACUACAGGUCCGUGCUGGAGCAUCUGUUUCAAAUGCAGGCGGUCCGAUGUUCAAUCCCUGGCAUUUCCUGGUAGGACUGGGGAAGGCUCCUUGUCUGAAACCCUGGAGAGCCAGGCAAUACUUAGCUUAGAAAGACCCAUCGGUCUGACUCAGUGUACGUUCCUAUAUCUUAAGGGAAAGGCUGUAGCUCAGUGGUACAACAGGUGCUUUGCGUGCAGAAGGUCCCCAAUAGCAUCUUCAAGUAGGGCUGGGAGAGACUCCCUGCCUUGAAAACCCUGGGGAGCUGCUGCCGAUCAGUGUAGACCCAGGGGUAGGCAACCUAAGGCCCGGGGGCCGGAUGCGGCCCAAUCGCCUUCUAAAUCAGCCCGCGGACGGUCCAGGAAUCAGCAUGUUUUUACAUGAGUAGAAUGUGUCCUCUUAUUUAAAAUGCAUCUCUGGGUUAUUUGUGGGGCCUGCCUGGUGUUUUUACAUGAGUAGAAUGUGUGCUUUUAUUUAAAAUGCAUCUCUGGGUUGUUUGUGGGGCAUAGGAAUUUUGUUCAUUAUUUUUUCAUAAUAUAGUCCGGCCCACCACAUGGUCUGAGGGACGGUGGACUGGCCCACAGCUGAAAAAGGUUGCUGACCCCUGGUGUAGACAGUACAGUGGUACCUCGGGUUACAUACGCUUCAGGUUACAGACUCCGCUAACCCAGAAAUAGUACCUCAGGUUAAGAACUUUGCUUCAGGAUGAGAACAGAAAUCGUGCUCCGGUGGCACGGUGGCAGCAGGAGGCCCCAUUAGCUAAAGUGGUACGUCAGGUUAAGAACAGUUUCAUGUUAAGAACGAACCUCCAGAACGAAUUAAGUACUUAACCCGAGGUACCACUGUACUUAGCUAGGUGGACCCUGCAGAAGGCAGCUUCCUUAUGGCAGAAAAAAGGAAGUACUUGCUAGUGAUGCAGCGCAUGACUGAUGCAUGGAACUUGCUCCCACAAGACGUGGCGACAGAUGGCUUUGAAGGGGGAUUUAGGCAGAAUCCUGUAGGAUGUCUUGCUGUUGUCUGUUAGCCAUGAGGGCUGAAUUGAACCUCCAAGUUCAGAGGCAGUCUACCACUGAAUAAUAACAGCAGCCGGGGAGCAAGAACGUGGGCAGGAAGUUUCCUUCAGGAUCUGCCUCCAGACUUCCCAGAAGCAACUGCUUGGUCAAUGCGGGGAAGCAGAAUGUUGGACUAUGCAGUGGCGUAGCGUGGGUUGUCAGCACCCGGGGCAAGGCAAGCAAUUUGCGCCCCCCUAACCCGUGGAUUUGCGCCCCCUAACCCCCAGAUGUUGCACCCGGUGCGGCCGGCCCCCCCUGCACCCUCCACGCUACGCCACUGGGACUAUGCAGAGAGUUGGCUUCAUCCAUCGGGGCCACUUUUGCUUUUUUUUUUAACCAAACUUUAUAUACAGCUUGAUUGUAAAUAAAACCACCAAGCAGUUUACAGUGGUACCUCAGGUUAAGCACUUAAUUCUUUCUGGAGGUCCGUUCUUAACCUGAAACUGUUCUUAACCUGAAGCACCACUUUAGCUAAUGGGGCCUCCUGCUGCCGCCGCAGCAUGAUUUCUGUUCUUAUCCUGAAGCAAAGUUCUUAACCUGAAGCACUAUUUCUGGGUUAGCGGAGUCUGUAACCUGAAGCGUAUGUAACCUGAAGUGUAUGUAACCCGAGGUACCACUGUAUAUAUAAAAGCAGAUAUCAGGUAUUUUUUUUAAAAAAACAUCUAAGUGCAAUUUAAAUCUAUUAUAAACUAAAACCAGGUUAAAGCAAAUGCCAACUUCUGCACACGUGGAUGGGCUUGCUCAACCAAAAAUGUUUUAAGCAGGUGCCGAAAAGAGUGUACCGGAGGCACUGAUGUCAAUAGGCAGGGAGUUCCAAAGGGUUAGGUGUUGUCACACUGUAAGGUUGAUUUCUUAUCAGUGCAGAAAAGAUUUCAUAUAGCACCUGUAACGGUAUCAGUUCACCAGAUUGAAGUGAUCAAGUGGGCAAGGGGAUCACGCAAGGGAAGUUUGCUAGCUGCACCCUGGAGGAAUCCCUCCCUUCCUGCAGAGCCUCGCCAUCUUCUGCUUACACAGUCCUGCUUCCCUCCAGUGCUGCGCUGAGAACAUUUGGCUUGAAGAAACACAUGCCUGAAAUGUUCUUGUGUGUGUUUUUUUGAAUAAUUUUGUAUUAGAUUUUCCACAAUGAUAACCAAAAACACAAAGCAGAGUGGUACACAAAAACAGGAAAAAAAGAACAAUAAACAGAUAAACAAUAACAACAAACUUAAAUCCAACCUUUUAAGCAUCUUAGUUGACUUCCUCAAGUCCCUCCCUUCUGAGUUUCCUUGUAGUUAAAAGUAACAGCUUUCCAAUAUAAUUAUUAAACUAAAACAAUUUCCAAUUAUAGUCCAUCUUAUUCACUUUUCUUAACAUUCUAAAUCCCAUUUAUUUAAUUAUAACUUAAUUUAAUCUAGGCCUAUUUGUUUUCUUUCAAGUAAUUUCUAAUUUUUUAUGUUACAAUAUUUAUUCAAAUAGUCCUUAAAUUUCCUCCAGUCCUCUUGGAACUCCUCUUCUUUCUGGUCGCGGAUUCUUCCAGUCAGGUCAGCUAGCUCCGUAAAGUCCAUCAUCUUCAUCUGCCAAUCUUCCACUGUUGGUAGUUCUUGUGUUUUCCAAUUUUUAGCAAGUAAUAUUCGGGCCUGAAUCGUCCUUGGGAAAGUUUGCCUAAUCUCUCCCUGUGUGUCUCUCUCUGUCUCUUUCCUUGGGGUGGGGAACCCUUUUCAUCUCCGAGGGCCACGUUUCCUCAUGGACAAAUUUUCGGGGGCCGCAUACCAGUGGUGGGGCAGGGCCCAACGGUGGCAGAUCAACACUGUAUAGCAGACUACAUUCCAGCUCUGCAAAAGUUGUGCUUUUGCACCAUCCAGGCAAAUGAGAAGUAUAUCACAGCUCAGCGACGCAUUCUAGUUCAAGCUAAAAAAGCAGAGCAGAUUUAUUGUGGAGCACAGCUUUGGGAUCUAUGGGUCACAGCCUGGGGAGGGUUCUCAAUAGCCAGAUAGAGCUGGCGGGCCAGAUUUGGUCCCCAGGGCUUGUCAUCUCCCUUCACUGGCCUAAAGCAAUAUCAGAGAUGGGGCAGAAGAAUAUUUCUUCCCAAGUUGAUGGGUGUGGGGAGUGAACUUUUCCCCCCUGGGUCUCUUAUUCCGCCCUUGUUUUCAGAGUUGUCUCUCCCCUCCAUCUCUCAGAACCAGUUCACAUAAACAGCUGAUGUGGUCCAUUAGUUUUUCAUAAUAGGUGUGUGUGGAUGGGGUAUGUGUGUAUGUGUGUGUGUUUACUUUGGGGGAUCAAUCAUUGACCUGGCAAUGAAUGAGGAAUCUAUUCUUAGGGUCUAUAUCAGACACCUGGGACUUGCCACUCAUUUCCACUGGGCUGUGUGUGUGUGUGUGUGUGAGAGAGAGAGAGAGAGACCUUUCUUCCCAUCCCCACAGGUUUUCAGUUCAGAAUUUGGCAGUCAAGUCUGACAAGGGGAAGCUGGGUCAACAGAAGAUAUUUGGAGGUGCCCAAACACGUUUGCUCUUUAUUGAACACGACGAAGUAAUCUGGAAAGAAUUUUCUCCUGCUAGGUGCUAAUCCUUAUUCGAUUUUCACACACACACACACACACACACACACGGGCGAAGCUGUUGGUCUUGAAAAAAACCUCCAGUUGUGUUCUUGAAUCUGCGCCCCUCUGUACUGGCAUGUGUUUGUUUUUGAUGGUAUCUUCUGCAACAUGCCAGUAAACGCAAUGAUAGCAAAACCCACAACCACUAUGCACAGCUGGUGAAAAAAUUAACAAAUGGGUCCUUGUGCACAUUUGGACGAAAGGUGGAUACUAGUCUGAAACGGCUGAAGACGGGUGCACUAGGGGUGUGACUGAAUACUGCAUUUGCUGUAAAGAAUUCUCUUUUUUAAAAAAAAAAUGGAAGUAGUUGAAUCCCUAACUUGUGUGAUGCUUCCAGGCUUCUCUCAGUGUUGUGGUGCAAUCAUUUUUUUUGUUCCAUUUAGGAAUCACUUCCCAUUAAACAUCAUGGAGUGAUUGAUAAGGAAUACAUCAUAUAACAUAUAUUACUAUACAGUGGUACCUCGGGUUACAUACGCUUGAGGUUACAUACGUUUCAGGUUACAGACUCCGCUAACCCAGAAAUAAUGCUUCAGGUUAAGAACUUUGCUCAGGAUGAGAACAGAAAUUGUGCUCCGGUGGCAUGGCAGCAGCAGGAGGCCCCAUUAGCUAAAGUGGUGCUUCAGGUCAAGAACAGUUUCAGGUUAAGAACGGACCUUCAGAACGAAUUAAGUACUUAACCCGAGGUACCACUGUAAAUAUAACAACAACAGUGCUCUUAGUGAUGAAUAAUAGCCGCAUUUACACUACACCCUUUCAUCCACGAGCUCAGGGUUCGAAUACAUUGGUCUCCCCCCCUUUUAGUCUCACAACAGCCCUGCGUGGCUGUUUAGGCUGAGACAUACUGAUGGGUUCAAGGUCACUUAGCAAGUUUUGCACCUGAACGUGGAUUGGAACCCAGGUCUCCUUGUCCAGAGCCCUUCUCAGUGUAAUGUUGCCUUCCUUCCCCUGCAGUCUCCCGCAUCAAUGGGCACCCAAAGCUGGACCGACACCGGGAGCACCCGCCGGGCUACGACAGCUCUUCCACCAUGAUGAGCAGCGAGUUGGAGUCCAGCAGCUUCAUCGACUCCGACAAUGACGAAAACACGAGCAGGUAACGGAUGUGCGAGGCAAGGAGUGCAGGAAGGUGCCUCGUAGCGAGUCUGCCAAUGGUCCACCAUUGCUCAGGGUUGCCCCCUUCCUGAAGCCCUGGGAGCUGCUGCCAGUCAGUGUAGACAACACUGAGCUUGACCUGGCUUGGAAUUUAGGCACCUUCCUUUGCUGCUGUGCCUUAAGGGAAGGUCUGUAGUUUAGCAAUUGUUCAAUCCCUGCCUCUGCAGGUAUAGAGAGACCCUGUGGACAACACUGAGCGGAGAUGGAAUAAUGGUCUGACUCAGCAUAAGGCAGCUUCCCGAGUUCCUGUUAAGAGAUUUGUCAUGAAGGACUUUGUCAUAACAGUUGUUGUCAUCUGUCAAAUGGAACAAAGAAAUGGCAAGACUUUAAUCCAAGUUAUACCCUCAAUUACCUGCCUUCAAUGCUUAUGCACACAUCUGGCAACCCCACCGUAUACAAGGCUUUCCACUUCCGACAGUUACCUUAUUAAGCCUAGGUGGGUGGCGCUGUGGUCUAAACCACUGAGCUGCUUGGGCUUGCCAAUCAGAAGGUCAGCAUUUCGAAUCCCUGCGAUGGGGUGAGCUCCCAUUGCUCUGUCCCAGCUCCUGCCAACCUUGCAGUUCAAAAGCAUACCAGCAUGAGUAGAUAAAUAGGUACCAUUGUGGCAGGAAGGUAAAUGGCAUUUCCGUGCACUCUGGAUUCUGUCACGGGGUUCAGUUGUGGCAUAAGCGGUUUAGUCCUGCUGGCCACAUGACCUGGAAAGCUGUCUGUGGACAAAUGCCGGCUUCCUUGGCCUGAGGCGAGAGGAACACUACAACCCCAUAGUUGCCUUUGACCGGACUUAACCAUCCAGGGGUCCUUUACCUUUUUAUUAUUAUUAAGCCUAGGUAAAGGUAAAGGGACUCCUGACCAUUAGAUCCAGUCGUUGCCAACUCUGGGGUUGCGGCGCUCAUCUCGCUUUAUUGGCCGAGGGAGCCGGCGUACAGCUUCUGGGUCAUGUGGCCAGCGUGACUAAGCCAUUUCUGGCGAACCAGAGCAGCGCACGGAAACACUGUUUACCUUCCCGCCAGAGCGGUACCUAUUUAUCUACUUGCACUUUGACGUGCUUUCGAACUGCUAGGUUGGCAGGAGCUGGGACCGAGCAACAGGAGCUCACCCCAUUGCGGGGAUUCAAACCGCUGACCUUCUGAUCGGCAAGUCCUAGGCUCUGUGGUUUAACCCACAGCGCCACCCGAGUCCCAUUAUUAAGCCUAGGAGGUAUUAAAUACCAAAGAAAUAAUAAUUUUUGUCCCUCCUGUGCCACUAAGGCUUCAUGAUGCCUUCCACACCUGUUCUUUUUUAUUUUUUUAAAAAGCCAAACUUGGACUGUGCUCAAGGUGCCAAGAGAUUGGGAUGGCGGGUUUUUUCUCCGCGUGGGAAGGAGGGUGCUCUGCCACCAACUUCCUAAAGGACACCCACCCUCCGCUUGCCCGAUGAGAUGGUUGUUUCUGAUCCAUUUUCUUCUUCCUCCACCCCCUUUUAAGCUUCUCAAAGGAACACGGCACCUUUAACCCCCACCACUUUCCUCUCCCAUUUUUUUAAAAAAUAAGUGGAAUAUUUCUAUAGUGGCGGACGAUCCAUGCUGGGAUUGGAUUAAGAGCAGCCCAAAGUGGGUUACUGGAGCAUCGCACGCUGGAUCCAACUAGAUCCAGCCCCAGUGUACAUUUUCAUAACACCCCUUUCCCCGCCCCGCUCCAGAUUUUUAUCCUUCCCUGUAGAAGAAUAAAUAAAAUAAAACGAACGGCUGCAGAGGCUGCUAUGGAGGGGCCCUUUCCCCCCCCUUUCCCUUUCUGAGCUGAGGGAGGGAGUCUUGGCACAAGCGACUGGCUGGCUUGCCGGCCAUCCAGUGCAUCGGGGUGGAAUGUGCCAAGGUAUGUUGUUUAAUAUUACAAAGAUGAUGUUCAUAAGCGGAUGAGACAUUCCGUCGGUGGGGGAGCUUGGGGAAGGGGGGCGGUGGCGGCAGCAGCUCCUGAGAUAUGGAAGGGGAUGGAUUAUUCUGCACAAACAGCAAGAGGACAGAAUAACAAAGCUUUUUGUCUGGCAUUGCGAAAGGACACACCGGCGCAAGUGCACUUGUAUUCUCAAGUCGGGCACCAGCAACUUGCGCGGGGGGGGGGCAGGAGGGGGCAUUGUGGGGCUGAGAAAGGAGGCCUGGAAAUUGUGUUAAGAGAGGGGGCACAUUCCUCAUGCCCCACCUGUGCGUGAGUACUCUGGUCUUCUUUCUUCUUUGAGAAAUAUUCGUCUGCAUAGAUAAGAGUCCGCAUACAGUUGAAGCACCCCCCCUCGAAUCCCAGGAACUGUCGCUUACCCCUCACAGAGCUGUACUUCCCAGCAUCCUUAACAAACUACGGUUCACAGGAUUCUUAGCGGUGUGCUUUAAAUGUAUGCUAUGCAUGCAGCCGAAGAGUAAGUACUCUGUUUUUUUCCUUUUCUGGAUAGAUGUAGAGUUGCAUCGAAUGCUACACCUGCCAGGGAACCUUCUGCAUGCAAAGGGGAUACUCUGCAGCCGAGCCACAGACCUUUCCUUUUCAUUAUGAAUGGAGAGAUCUGUCAAUUCCUACCAAACACUGUGCUCCCUUGGCAAAAAGUAGCUAUUAAUCAAUUCGCAGGCUUUCUGUGGGGCGGGGGGGGGGGGGAGAAGGAAUUAUUCAGAUCUGGGAAUGUAGUGCCAGGAGGGUUUGCAGGUUUAAAACUCCUUUCCCUACACACGAGACCUUGGUUCUCUUAAGUUACUCAUUUUUGCAGUUCUCGACAUUUCCACAGCAAUUUGUGACUUACAUUUUCGCAAUGACUUUUUUUUUUUAACCAGCAUUUUAGUGCAAAUUUCACCAUAUAUAUGCGCAAUUUUGAGUCAUGUACACAUUUUUGUUAUUAGUUUCCCCUAAGACUGGAUUUUUGUAGUAUCUUUAUUGAAUCAAUGCAUUUUUAUGCACUUCUCCCCUAAUACAUGCAUUUAUAAACAUAUUGCUCCGUUGGACAACUGCAUCGUAAAAAUCAAAGAAGUGUGAAUUUUCAGAGAGUAGCCAUGUUUUGGUUUGCAUAUUGGUUUGUGAGGCAGAGUUAGGGAGUUUCUCGUCAAUAGCAAAUGAGUUUGAAUUUCUCCUCCAUCAAUUGCGACAGCUUACAGGUUCCCACAGUCUGGCUUAGCUUGGCUUGGUCCAGUCAGUGGCAAACCCGGGUUUGCAACCAAAUAACAGAACUGCCCCUUCCUAUUUGUGUUGCCUAAGUGAAUCACAGUUAAUGCGGUCUGUGCAAUAGCACUGAGCUCUUCCCCUGUGAGAUAAACAUAUUGAGUGAGAUCAUUGUUUGUGGGAUGCCUAAUUUAAACAGCACAUUGUUUCCAUUCCGCUUUCCUUCCCGUCUUUUUGAGAAACGAGAUUGUUUUGGAAACUUCGGGAGUCGAGAACGGCUGCAUCACCCUGCGGCUCCCCCUUGUGGUGAGCCACUAGACAGCAGGUGAUGGCUUCUCAGUGGAGUCUCUUUAAGGACCAACUGCACCUUCCUAGUCCGCCCUUUGGACCAUCCUUGACAGGAAGGCGUACAAGAGGGCCAACAAACAGUGCUCCCCCAAAACCCAGUUGUCUUCACCCCCAAAGCUGUGGUGGGAAAAGAACUGAGGGGAAGCAAAAGCCCACCAUCUGAAGGAGAGCCCCUUACCCUAAGGGUCUCUCCUUGGGAUAGACUUCCCUAGUGGCCUUUCAAAGCAUCAUCCCCAUUGCUUUGCUUAGGGGAAAGAGCAUAGCUCAGUGGUAGAGCACCUGCUUCGCAUGCAUAAGGUCCUGGGUUCAUCUCCAGGUAGCAGCUAUCUGAAAUCCGAAGAAGUGGCUGCCAGUGUUUAGGCAAUAUUGAGCUAGCUGGAGCAAUGGUCUGGCUCCACGUAAAGCAGGUUCCUAUGGGAUAUGCUGGGGGUGUAAGAAGACCAGAGGCAGGGACAAGGUCUAUUCUUCCCUUCAAUUCUGUUCUUAGCAGAUUUUCACCAUCCCUUAAGUCAGUGGUUCUCAACCUGUGGGUCCCCAGAUGUUGGACUACAACUCCCAUCAUCCCUGAGCUAGCUAGGAGUGAUGGGUGUUGUAGUUCAACAACAUCUGGGGACUCACAGGUUGAGAAAGGCUGCCUUACGUGGAUGGACAUGACUAACCUAAGCCCAUUGAUUUCUGUGGGUUUAUUCUGAGCAGAGCACCCUAACUGUACAACCUAGCAAUUCCAAAAUAUAGAUGUGUUUUUACCCUCGCAAGACUGAAUGUGUUGCCCUCGGCUGUACUUGAGGGACGAUUCCAACAGAUUCCACACGAAAAACGCUUACCAUAUGUCCCUGCAGAGAUGGCAGCACCGAAUCAGUGGCGCAUGCCCUCCUGGCGUGCACUCUUUACAAAGACCUGAGGAACAAGAUUAUCACCCCUCUUUUAUUGCCCAUUCCAGGUCGUCCAACCACUGCCAUGGUGUCUUUUCUCCUGGCAGAUCAAGAGGAGCAGAUGGCAGCAAAGGUUGCAAGGUUUUUUAGCUGGGGCAAUCAGAAUAAGGUCCACUGUUUGACUGCUGAUUCAGGAUCCUAAACUGUGUUUUAUUAUAAUCGACUUUUUAUUUUGUUCUGUGUAUAUCACAAUGCUCUUUUGUUGCUAUGGCCGAUGGCUAACGCAAAUAGAGUUUUAUUCAUUCAUUCUGAGUUGGAUACAACGCAGUGUGUUUUCACCGGCAGCAGGCUCAACUUUGAAAGCAAAAGAAAGCAAAUUUUGCAACCUGCCAACAUGUGUUCUAAAUUUUCUCUUGAUUUCUUUUUUUGGUCCUAUUUCUACCCCUCCCAGGUUGAGUAGCUCCACAGAACAAAGCACUUCGUCCCGUCUCAUCCGGAAACACAAACGCCGUCGCCGGAAACAGAAGAUGCGACAGAUUGACCGGGUAAGCCUUUGUGGUUUGGAGUUUGCUGCCUUCGUUAAGAGUUUGAAGCAGGAGGGGGGAGAGGACCAAAUAGUGCAGGACUCCAACUCCCAUCAGCCCCAGCCAGCAUGGCUGGUGUUCCAGGAUGAUGGGAAUUGUAGUCCAAAAACAUCUAGAGAGCUUCAGGUUCCCCAUCCCUGCUUUAGACAAAAUUGUAAAUAGCUUUUGCCUGGUCACCUGUGAUGAGUAACAACCAUCCCCAGGCAAUGAAAGAAAUGUCUUCUUUUCCUCUUGUUUUCGAGGCUAACAUAAGUAUGUGUGGGCUAGCAGCCUCAUGUUGUAAGCUUAUUUAUAAGGCUGCCACAGAAGUUGGGACGCGGGUGGCACUGUGGGUUAAACCACAGAGCCUAGGACUUGCCAAUCAGAAGUCGGCGGUUUGAAUCCCCAUGACGGGGUGAGAUCCCGUUGCUCGGUCCCUGCUCCUGCCAACCUAGCAGUUCGAAAGCACGUCAAAGUGCAAGUAGAUAAAUAGGUUCCACUCUGGCGGGAAGGUAAACGGUGUUUCCGUGCGCUGCUCUGGUUCUCCAGAAGCAGCUUAGUCAUGCUGGCCCCAUGACCCGGAAGCUGUGCGCCGGCUCCCUUGGCCAAUAAAGCGAGAUGAGCGCCGCAACCCCAGAGUCGGCCACAACUGGACCUAAUGGUCAGGGGUCCCUUUACCUUUACCUUUACCUUUACCUUUACACAGAAGUUGGCCUUUGAACUGUUUCUUGGCUUUCUGCCUACGUCAUUGCCCAGCCAACUCUUGCAAUAGCCACGUUCUGAACUACAGUAACUGCAAAUUGUUGCCAGCUUCUCCUUUUUGCUUUUCAGUCGUCUUCCUUCAGCAGCAUCACAGACUCUACCAUGUCCCUGAACAUCAUCACCGUCACCCUCAACAUGGGUAAGCCCCAUUGGAUGAGCUGCUGUUAUGUCAUGGCAUGCUCACAAGGAAUUGUAAACGCAGUCGCAAAAUGUGCACAUUUGUGGCAAUGACUCUUUACCCAUCUUGCCUCUACCAAAACAAGCUAGGUGUGCACAACCAGUAACUCCGUACCUUGGAAACUGGGGGAAGUGGCGUGGUGCCGUUAAGAUCUAGUUGAGCUCCAACUCCCAUCAACCCCAGCCAGCAUGGCCAGCGGUCAGGGAUGAUGGGAGUUGGAAUCCAACAACAUAUGGAAGUUCCCUGUCCCUGAACUGGGAGCAACAUCCAGAAAGGAGGCUCCCUGCUGUGUCUCUGCAUGACUCCCUGCUUUGGUGGGUUUUUUUGUACAUGAACAAAACAAAGACAUAAAAAGUUGCAAUUAGGGGAUAUAUUUCAAAACACGAUUGUUAUAGUGGGCAUUGGGAGUCUGACAACAUCCAGAUGACACCAUGCUGGAUAAUUCUGUAUCCAGGGCAGCUGUCUACCAGCUCCAUCUGGAAUGCAGGUUGAGACCCUACCUGCCCGCGGACUGUCUCGCCAGAGUGGUGCAUGCUUUAGUUAUCUCCCGCUUGGACUACUGCAAUGCGCUUUACGUGGAGCUACCUUUGAAGGUGACCCGGAAACUACAACUAAUCCAGAAUGCGGCAGCUAGACUGGUGACUGGGAGUGGCCACCGAGACCACAUAACACCAGUCUUGAAAGACCUACAUUGGCUCCCAGUACAUUUCUGAGCACAAUUCAAAGUGUUGGUGUUGACCUUUAAAGCCCUAAACGGCCUCGGCCCAGUAUACCUGAAGGAGAGUCUCCACCCCCAUCAUUCUGCCCGGAUGCUGAGGUCCAGCGCCGAGGGCCUUCUGGCGGUUCCCUCGCUGUGAGAAGCCAAGUUACAGGGAACCAGGCAGAGGGCCUUCUCGGUAGUGGCGCCCGCCCUGUGGAACACCCUCCCCCCAGAUGUCAAAGAGACAAACAACUACUUGACAUUUAGAAGACAUCUGAAGGCAGCCCUGUUCAGGGAAGUUUUUAGUGUGUGACAUUUUAAUGUAUUUUUAAUCUUUGUUGGAAGCCGCCCAGAGUGGCUGGGGAAACCCAGCCAGAUGGGUGGGGUACAAAUAAUAAAUUAUUAUUAUUAUUGUUGUUGUUGCUGUUGUUGUUAUUGUUAUUAUUAGCUACCCUGGUCUUAAGACCAUGGUGAUGAGCCUUUCAAAAUUGCUAGUUCCAUGCCUCAGCUAACCUUUCUUCUCUCCCUUCCCCAUCUGCAUGGUCCAGUCCUGCGCGGGGGGUGGGGGAGAGAGCCCUAGACCCCUCCAGCAGGGGACAAGGGGGGUAUAUUUAGAAGGCCACCUGUGACCCUCCUCUAAUUGCACAUUUGCACACUCUUCCUCCUCUCUACUUUCCAGAAAAAUACAACUUCCUAGGAAUCAGCAUCGUGGGCCAGAGCAACGACCGAGGAGAUGGUGGCAUCUACAUAGGCUCCAUCAUGAAAGGCGGCGCUGUAGCAGCUGACGGAAGGAUCGAACCGGGGGACAUGCUCUUACAGGUUGGCAGAAGUAUAGGCUCCUAAGGAGAGCUUGGCCUCUGAAUUGGGGCGAAGGCCCAGCAGAUCCAGCAUCCUGAUGGGGGUGGAGAUGCUCUCACUGGUGGGUGGGGCCAGAGGCAAAAGUGGGCGGGGUAAUGAAGUUAAAAUUUAAUCUUUGUACAGCAGGUUGGUUUCCACACACACGCCUCUCUGUCCUCCACCUUGUCAAGCAAGAGGCAUCAUCUGAGUUGAAGGACGCAUUCCAUCCAGGCAAAAACACCCCAGGAGGAUGCUAAGCAGGGCUGGGGAGGUGGUGUGGCCUGACGAGAUUGCCGAGGGCCAGGUAGACAGGUCUAGAGGGCCACAUUGAGGACUGAGCCAUCCUUGUAUGCCAGGUGUGGGGAACCUACGGCCUUCCAGAUGUUGAACUACAACUCCCAUCAUCCCCGACCAUUGGUCAUGCUUGCUGGGGUUGAUGGGAGUCCAGCUACAUCUGGAGGACCACAGGAUCCGCACACCUGAUGUAGUCCCUUGGAGCAGGGCUCUCGGCUAUGAGCGUUCAGUCCAGUGUUCAGCUGGGAGGCAGCCGUUGUGCUCAUGUCCUCCUCCUGGGCUUCUGACAGUGGCAGAUUUUGGCGCUUAAGAAUUUCAACGGCAUCCAGUGCAGCACUGAAAUUCCCCCCACCCAAGCCUCUUGCCUUCCAUUGUUUGUCAUUGUUGUGGCACCCCCUGCAGUGCCCUUUUGGCUGGGCGCCCAGUGUGGGAAAACCAGCCCAUAAUCUGCCUCUGCUUCUGAUUGGCUGCAUUGAGAACGGAAUGCUUGGCCUUUGAUCUGACCCAAAGCAAGUCUCCUCUUCAUCUUCUUACGAUUUGGAGGGGAAACCCCUGGCGAUAACAGAUUCCUCACCUGUUGCACUCCAGGUGAACGAGGUCAACUUCGAGAACAUGAGCAACGAUGACGCAGUGCGGGUCUUGCGGGAAAUCGUCUCCAAGCCGGGGUGAGUGAUCGUAGCAAAGCCAGGGCGCUGUGCGUUUGUGUUACUCCUGCAGUUGAUGUCUUGUAUCCGGUGGUGGUCCUACUCAGAGUAAACCCAUUAACAUUAAUGGAGUCAGCACUAAUUUCAGUGGGUAUACUCUGAGUAAAACUUGGUACCGCUCAUUGACUGCAGCCAGUGCAGAGAGCAACCUCCCCAAAUCUGUCCUUUGUCUUAUAUUGUAUUUUAAACAAGCGUGUGUUUUAACGCUCAUGCUUUUCAUCCUUUGUGUGCUGUGUUUUAUCUGGUCUGAGACUGUAUAAUAAAUGAUUUCAUUUGAUUUGACUCCCAAAAUCAGCCUGGGUUCAGGCUCGGGGUUAUGAAGAGACAAUGUUGUGGUGUAUUCGGGGGGCUGUGUAAAUAUGACUGUCAGGUCCCCAAAACCCAGACCCUGAGACUCACAGUGAGUGCUUUAGGGUUUGUCCCACAUUGGGCUGCAUGGAGGGAGGAGAUGUGAGGACAUGAUAUAUCAGAUAACCUCCAAGCUAUUCUUUUUAAAACUUCCUGCAUGUAGAAAACUGGUAUCUAGAGGCACAGAGAGAACUAGAAGUUUUCUCCUUGGCGCACUAGUUUACUAGAUGCAGUGAGGUGUCAUCGUUUUUUGUUGUUGAGUUUUAAUGGGGCAGGGCAAUCAAAAUAAGGUCUCUCUCCAUCCCACCCCUGUGAGUUUGAAUGGGAUGGACUCUAGCACUUGAGCUUUAUUGAGUGAAGAGCUCAGUGUAGAAUCAAAGGGCGGAGAGGUGGUGAGAUUAGGAGCCUGGAACCAUGUGGCUGGUGGGAAGCCAUGGACAGAACGUAAUAAGGUCAUUCCUUUGAGUGUUCUGUUUUCGUUCCCUUCGUAAUAUAUAUCUGUUUUCUAUAAUAUUUCUCCAGCCCUAUCAGCCUAACAGUGGCCAAAUGCUGGGAUCCUACGCCCCGGAGUUAUUUCACAAUCCCCAGAGGUGAGUGAUCCAGCCAUUGCAAACAGCCUUAAAGCACACACAGUUCAUGGCAUUGAUCGUCCACGAGGUUUUAUAAAGGAGUGGUGCUGAUGCUGAUGCUGAUGAUGUGGAAAGAGGGAAACCUUUGAUCUAGAGCAGUGAUGCUAGUGGAGAGGCUAUGUAAUCUCCAGGUGUUGUUAGACUACGACUCCCACCAUCCCCGACUGUUGGUUCUGCUGGCUGGGACUGAUGGGAAAUGUAGUCCCACAACAUCCAGGGACCUGAGGUUGAAGAACACACAUCUAGGGAGUCAUCCAAUGAAAUGGAUUCAUCUUCUAAACCAGGGAUGUCCAACAGGUCGAUCUGGAUUGACUGGUCGUUCCCUGGGAGGUUUUGGUAGAUUGCAGUAGGUUGCUGGCUCCUCCAUCUGGCCUUUUCAUUGUGAGGCUGACUGUCUCCUUAGUGCUCUAUCACUGAACGCCUGUUUUCAUUUAUUAGACCUUAACCUGCACAUAUGCGGGACAUUCCCAAAAUAGCUCAACAAUUCCUCCCCAAAAGAAGGACAAUAAGUUUGACCUGAUCCCCCCCAAAAUGGGACUUUCUUCCCUAAAAAUGCUCAACAACUUUUACCUGAAUCUCCCCCCAAAAGGGUUUAGAUCAGUGGUUCUCAACCUGUGGGUCGCCGGAUGUUGGACUACAACUCCCAUCAUCCCUGAGCUCUGGCCUUGCUAGCUAGGGAUGAUGGGAGUUGUAGUCCAACAACAUCUGGGGACCCACAGGUUGAGAAAGGCUGGUAGAUCACUGCCAGAUAUUAAUUGUGUGAGUAGAUCUCUUGGAAGUUGGACGCCCCUGUUCUAAACCAUUUUUAUGCUGCUUCACACAGUUUUUUAUGCUCAUUCUAUGCUGGUGCUACUUUUGUCUCUGUUGCCUUGCUUGCUAAAUUAUUUCAUUUUUGUAUUUUAAUUAUUUUAAAUUUGUGAGCAGCCCAGAGGAUGCAGUUACUUGGGCAGAAUAUAAAUGCAGGAAGGAAAUAAAUAAGAGUCAGGGCUGGCACAAAUAAAUCCUCGGUAAAACAGACGUGGCAGCAGGGUUUAUGCAUUUUGUAAACCAAGGAUCCAUCAUCAUCAUCAUCAUUUUAUUUGUAUGCCGCCUUUCCGUAGUUAAAACAAUGCUCAAGGCAGCUUACAACAUGGCAAGAUUUACAUAAUUACCAGCAUAACAAAAGUCAUAAACAAUAAAUAAAAACAUCAAAAGGUAUGCAACCAAAUGGAAAACAUUUCCACAUAAAUCACAAAAUCUAAAACUAAAAAAUACAGCAUUAAUAUCUAUAACAAUUUAAAAUGACAUAGAUAUAAAAUAAUAACAAUCUACACAUGCAGUCUACCUGACCCAUAUUUCUUACAGAAGCGUGGAUGAGACUCAGAACUAAAUACUAUUCUGACCUGAACUUUGACCAGUAAAGUCAAAGCUUUAGACACCUUAUGACUCUUCCUAAAGCUAACUGUAUUUAUGGGCCCCACCAGCCUUACCUUGGAUUCAGCCUCGAAGGGGUGUGUGUUCUCCAGCCCAGAGUCCCUGAGGUUAUUUGCUGGAACUGAAAGUGUAGGUUUGAGCUGGACCCUGAAAUGAAACGAGCAGAAUCCUGUUCUGAUUGGCUAGACAAGGGCAGAAAGCCCAGCUUCUUAUUUAUGCUUUAAGAAAACUGGCCAAUAGGUACCCAGGACAAAGAGCCUUUUUAGCAGGGGCAGUCAAGGCAGCUUUUAUGUCAGAAGGUUUUGGAAGAUGGUGAUGAUGAUGAUUAAUUAAAUUUGUAUGCCGCCCUAUACCCAUAGAUCUCAGGGUGGUUCACAACAUAAAUAUAAAUAUAAAAUAUUGAUAUUGUGUUUUCCUUAUCUCCUUCUUUUGACAAGCUUACCCGGGUGUUUAGAACAAUGAUACGUGUUUUCCUCUGCUUUUAGUUUACUGAUGGUUUUAAUCUCUCUGAAUGUUUCGAAUUAUUGUUGUUAAUUGUUUUUCUUGACAAUCUUAUUGUUCUACCUUUUCCGUAAGCUGCUUUGAGGUUGUUAUUGUUGUUUACAACCAAGCGGUGUGUAAAAUGGGUGAAACAAUAAAAGAAAAUGAAUAUUGUAUUUCAUUGUAUUUGCAGUUUGAAUUCUGCAGAAUGCAAUAAAAUGCAAAUAUAUGUGAGAAGCAAUACAAAUACUAUUAGGAACCACCUAGCAUCCAGCACUGUACAUUAUAGAGACAUUUGUUAAGGGUUUGCCAAGACCCUCAGCCAUUUUCAAGAGGUCUGGGGGUGGGGAAGAGGGGGAGGUUUCAGGGGCCAUGUUGCACGCAGCUUUUUCUUGUGCCUAAAGCCGCCUUGAAUGCUUCUCUAGGGAGACAGGAUAUACAGCAUUUUUCGCUCUAUAGGACGCACUUUUUCCCCUCCCAAAAUUAAGGGGAUAUGUUUGUUCGUCCUAUGGAAUGAAUGCAGGCUCCUUGGCUUCAGCAAUAGCAACACGAAGCCUCCGAAGCGCAGAGGGAGUGCUCCCUCUGCGCUCCGGAGGCUACACGUUGCUUUCGCUGAAGCCUGGAGAGCGAGAGGGCUCGGUGCGCACCGACCCCUCUCGCUCUCCAGGCUUCAGGGAUAGCCGCCUGAAGCCUUUAGAGUGCAGCGGGACCUCACGCUGCACUCCAAAGGCUUCGGGUUCCUUUUGCUAAAGCCGGGAGAACAAGACUUUCCUGGCUUCAGCAGAGAGGGAGAGCUGCGCAGCGCCCCUUCAGCGAAGCGGGAGGAGAAAUGGAAGGGGCUCUGUUUCUCCUGCUGCUUCGCUGAAGGGGCGCUGAGCAGAGAGGGGGAGAUUUUUUUUUUCUUGUUCUCCCCCUCUAAAACAAGGUGCGUCCUAUGGUCGGGUGCGUCCUAUAGAGCGAAAAAUACUGUAAGUUUUGAAAGGAAAGAGAUGAACCGCCACAGAGUACGCCUGCUAACCCUUUCUUCUCCCUCCCCGUUUUCUCUCGCGUUCCAGCUGAGCCCGUGCGGCCGAUCGACCCCGCCGCCUGGAUCUCUCAUACCACGGCCCUGACGGGAGCGUACCCCCGUUACGGUAUGAGCCCCUCCAUGAGCACCAUCACCUCUACCAGCUCCUCACUAACAAGCUCAAUUCCCGAUUCGGAAAGUAAGUCACACUGCCGCCAGGACCGGGCAGGUUAUUUCCUCCUGCGCAGGGCUGGCAGUGUAGAGCCAAACAAACAAAACUCCAAACAAAAGACACACACACACAAAAGAAACCCCAAAAGCAAAAGAGCUCCAGCAACAACAAUGCUGUGGGGAGCAUAAAACUUGUUUUCCCUCCACCCAUGGCCGUCCAAAACCCGGAAGGAUAAGGUUGUCAGCAGCUGUGAGGCCUCGGCGGCUGUGAUUUACCUCUGCUGUAGGAGGCAGGAGGCCUCUGAAUGUCAGGUGCUGGGUAUUGAGUGUUGGGAGAGCUGGUGAUCCUCUCAGGGUCCUGUUUGCAGGAUUCCCAGUUGGGCAUCUGGUUGGAUGCUGGGCUAGAUGGGCCAUUGCUCUGAUUCAGUUUCAGGGCCCUUCUGAUGUCCUUAUUAAAGGACAUUUGCUUAUUUGCUAGGGGACUAGCAAAUUCACAGGGCAUAAGGCUGUCACCGUCUAUUAACCACAGUGGCUAGAGAGUUGCUGGACCAGAAAGGACUCAGCAGAACUCUUCUUACAUUAGUAAAGCACAGGCCUGGGGCGAAUUUUCUUUUUUCUUUCAUUUUACCAUUCAAAUAUCUUCGCCUUUUCGAACGGCUUCUAGCCCUUCACACCCAAACUUCUUCCUCCAAGGAACUCAAGGUGGUGUACAUGGUUCACAACAACCCUGUGAGGUAGGUUGGGCUGGGAGACAGAGACUGGAGCAACGUCACUCAGUAAGCUUCAUGCCCAAGGGAGGAGGGAUCUGAACCCUGGUCUUCCAGGUCCUAUUGAAGCACUCGAACCGCUACCCUACACUGGAUAGUGGUGUGGAGAUGGGCAUACUUUGGGUUGGAGGGCUAUUGCCCAACCCUCCCUCCCACUCCAAAAAAACCUGCUAUAGGUACCGGUUGAAGCCUCGAAGUCCUUUACAGUACCAUCCUGCAGAGAGAAGAGAAGGGGCAUAGCUCAGUGGUAGAGCAUCUGCUUCACAUGCAGAAGGUUCCAGGUUUGAUCCCUGGCAUCUCCAGGUAGGGCUAGAAACCUGGAGAGCAGCUGCCAGUCAGUGCUGGCUGAACUGAGCUAGCUGGACAGCUUCCUGUGAAGAUCAGCAAAAAAAAAUAUCUGACUUUGCCUUUAUUUUAGCCAAAGCAGCCUUCUCCAACUUGGCGGUCUCUGUGCUGGAUGGGGCUGCUGAGAGUUGUGGUCCAAAAUGCCUGGAGGGCGCCAGGUUGAGGAACACUGAUCUGAAGUCCCCUGCCCCUGGCACAUGCCUGCACUAUUCUGUGCAUACUUGAGAUGGUUAGAGCCUUUGGCUGUCUGCCGACAGCUUGCCGCUGGCUGCUGUGACAUUCUUUGCAUUCUUUUGGGGAGAUAGCGAUGUGAGACCCUCUCACAAUCGAGUUGCUGGAGUAAGGACUACUAGGAUUUAAAAAAAAAAAAAUCUACAGCAAAAAUUGGCGGUCAGGUUUCCUAAAGGGGAUCCGUGGAAGGACGGAGGAGGCUUCCCCCACAGAUAACGUUUUAGGCUGACACCACCCAGACGUUAGAGACCCUUGUCAUGCGGUUCUGAGGGUCUUUUUCAGUGGAUUUAAAUAGGCUGCUUGGCUUUUACAAGCCUCUUCUCAGCUGGCUCCAAAGGGGAGACGAGCAAACUAUGGCAUUCAUUUCCAGAAGAUGUAGAGAUGAUGAUGGCUGCCAACGUGGAGGGCAGCUUGAAUUCUAUCAGUGGCUACUAGCCAUGACAGCUCUGUUCUCUUGCUACUGUGAGAGAGUUGCUGCUCUGUAGGAACCAAAACAGGCAGCUGCAGUCUUUCCAUCUCCACGUGGUUUCUGCUCUGGUCUUGUCAGUCUCCUACGCACACACACACACCUGGACACACCAAUACAUAAACCCCUCACAAUGGGCUCUCCCCGUUUAUUGCUCCCCACACAUUCAAAUCGGAACGUUGUCAAACCCAAACCGCAGGUUGCUUUCCUCGCUACUAACCAAACUAACUUCCUGCCAAAGCCAAACGGUGCCGCAGAGCACCUGGCAAGAAUUGGUUGCAAAUGGGACCCAGGAGCCUUUGUGGGUAAAACAGCAAGUGGUGGAUGAUGAUGUUCUUCUGGUGUCGCAAGGGGGUGCAUGGCCUGAAUCUCUGUGUUCCCAAGCCUUCCUUCACCACGCACUUUCCUCCCCCUUUUCUGACAGAUGACAUAAGCAUGGAAAAAUAAGUGGAUCCCGAAGUUUCUGUGGGAAAUGAACUGGGUCUUAAUUCAGUGCUGUAGCUCCAUUAAAAAAUAAAAUCCAGACAUGUUCCGGUAGUGCAGCUUCGCCAAGCUGAUGCCCUCCAGAUGUUUUGGACUGCAACUGUCAUCAACUCCAGGGUCUCUCUCUCCUCUUUUCUCUCUCUCCCCUGCCAACUCCCCUCUUCCCUAUUUGUUUGUUUCUCCCCCCCUUCUCUGUCCCAGGGACUGAUGGGAGUUGUAGUCCAAAAAUUCUUGAGGGCAGCCUCCCUGGGUGCCUAGAUGGCUCCACCCACCCUGGCACCCCAUUGGUCUCCCUGCUGGCCUGAUAGAGUUAUAAAAGCUUCUGGUUCAAUCUUGACUUUUUAGUCUGGGGCAAUUGCCAGGUUGGCCUUGACUGCCUUGGCUUCUAUCCUUGAUUCUUUCCCCCCUCUUCGUUUUCUGGGUUCUCCCCCAAAUAAAUACAUAUUUUUUCCCUCCACAAAACUAGCCUGUUAGAGAGAAGGGCUCUUCUCCCGGACAUGUGAGUUUUCCAUAUGCAGGGAUUUGUUUUCACUUGCGCAGAGAGGGCGUUCAAACGUGUGAGCAUCUCUCUCCUUCAGGUGAAGUGGUAUAGCCCAGCAAGGUGGUACAGCCCGGGGGCAGGUUGAGAGCAGGUCACUAGGCCAGAACGGCAGUUUGACGUGACUCUAGUCAGCCCCUCCCCAUGCCGUCCCCACACCUUUCAUUACCAAGGAAGUGCCCUUAGUGACACCAUCACUUUUAAUCUGGAAUACUUCACUUGUGAACACCCUUAAAGUGGGGCUGUAAGUGAUAAAGAUAGAUAGAAGUAUCUCAAAUAUACUUCUUCAGCUAGUGUAGUUUCACAUCCAAUUUAUAUAAUAAUAAUAAUAAUAAUAAUAAUAAUAAUAAAUAAUUAAUAAUAAUGGGAAGACAGCCUAAAUUACAUAAAAAGGCCAGAUACAUGUGUCAUUCACAGAAUGCAGUUGUGCAAUAGAAUUCAGGUCUCUGACAUGAAAUUUUGAUAAACAGAGAUAUAGAUAUCCUCCCCAAUAAAGCACCAAGUAUCUGCAGUACAGGCACUUCAAUUUGAAAUUUCUCUCACAUACACCCUGGCUAAUCUCCUUUUUAGACAAGGUUCUCUAUUAAAAGCAAGAGAUUUCAAUUAAAUUUAUUUGGACGCUCAAGAGACUUUGGUGCCUGUAGGGGGAGAUCAAAAUAAUGACACCCGCCCCCUUCUUGCUGGCCUCCAUGCUGUCUGUUCUUCAGUACAAGCCAUGCCGAAAUGAAGAGAAGCCACACAGGAUUUGCCAGUAUAGUCUUCAGGCCUGGGCCUGAGGUGUUUGGGUACCUGAAGGAGGAGGCCCAGCUGCUGCUAAUUCACUUCCCUAAGGCUGGAAGUUCACAAACAAGAACUUUCCACUGGAUUUUUGGGUGGCUUUGAAUAGAAAAUGGCCCCUCUCUUUUCCUUUUUUGUUAGCCUUGUUCUGAGGGGGAAGAAAAUGCUGGUUUGUGGCAGCCUGAUGCCAGUCCCACUCGGAGCAGACCCAUAGAAGAUAAUGGAUGUGACUACCGUAGGUUCAUUCAUUUCAAUGGGCCUCCUCUGGACAUAACUGAGUUGGAAGCAACUCAGCAUCAUGAUGGGUAACAUGAAAAUGAGGGGAACAGAUCCUGAAGCUGAGGCUCCAAUACUUUGGCCACCUCAUGAGAAGAGAAGACUCCCUGGAAAAGACCCGAUGUUGGGAAAGAUUGAGGGCACAAGGAGAAGGGACAACAGAGGAUGAGAUGGUUGGACAUGAGUUUGACCAAACUGCGGGAAGCAGUGGAAGACAGGAAUGCCUGGCGUGCUCUGGUCCAUGGGGUCACAAAGAGUUAGACACAACUAAACAACAACUACAACCACAACACCCUGCCACCACAGCCUCCACCUGUGAUAGGUUUCACAGCUCAUGCAAAGUAUUGCCAGAAUAAUCCCUUUCAUCAUUCUGAGGGGGGAAAUGGUGGCCUCGGGCAGCUAUCAUUUCUCUCCCAGAAUCACCUCAGAACUGCUCCAUGUCAUGAUGUAGGUUUGUAAUGAAAGGUAGUCUCCUGCUGCCCUGAUCAGCCCCCAUCAGCAAUGAGUUUCACAUUUCAGCCAAAGUACUGCAGAAACAAUGCCUUUCUUGUUUAUCGCCUCCAAAUGAAGCGGACAAAAUGGAGGGGACCAAUUUUCCUCAAAUCCUGUCUACUUCUCUCUUGCUCAGCUGAAGUUCAUUUCAGUUAGGCUUGCGCAGGAGGAGUUGCUGGCUGAUUUUACCUCAUGGUCAGGUCCUUCUCUUUCUCUGCAACCUCCACGCUAAAAUCCCCACCUCAGCUUUCCCUAUGGCAGGGCUGUCCUUGCGUAAAACUGCUCCCCCCUCCCCCCGCUUUCCCUCUCGGCCUCCAUCCAUUCCUUGUUUCCUUUAUAGCAACAUCUCUGUCUGCUCUUCCUUUUUUUCCAGAGCUGGACGAAUCCCCUUUAACUGUUAAAAGCGACAUGGCCACCAUUGUCAAGGUUAUGCAGUUGUCGGAUUCUGGCCUUGAGAUACGGGACAGGAUGUGGUUAAAAAUUACCAUCUCCAAUGCAGUAAUAGGUGAGUGACUCCUGCUUCUGAGGCUGGGGGUGGGAGAGAAGGUACCUUACUAAAUUGAGGUUUUCUUUUUUGCCGCUGAUGAUGUUCGCUUGUGUGGGUGCUUAUGAAGGAACUAACCAAACCAGGUUUCACCAUCAUGGUGCCCUUCAGAUGCUGCUGGACUCUGGCUCCUAUCAUCCUUGACCAGUGGCCAUUCCUGGCUGGGGCUGAUGGGAGUUGUAGGCCAGGGAAGGCUGAGUUGGGCCAAUGGAAUUCCAGCAUACAGUGAUGUCAACUCUGGCGGCAAAAUAUUCCCUUUCCUGUUCUGGAUUACGGUUUGUGCCACUUUGCUACCCUGCCAGCUUGGAUGAGGAAUUGUGAAUUACUGUCACAGCUUGUGUGUUUUUUCCCCGGAACAGGGAGGGAGUGAACAUAGCAGUUGGGCUAGAUGACCCUUGGCAGUCCCUUCCAACGCUACAAUUUUAUGAUUCUAUGACGGUGUAGCAUGAGACAGCCUUUACUUGCUGGGGCUCAUGGGAUUUGUAGUCCAAAACAACUGGAGGGCACCAAGUUUGCACAAGAGCAUGGGGCAGUGCAAAUGUAAUGCAGCCCAUCCUUUAACCACAGGUAGUGAGCAGCCUCCACUCCUCCUCCUCCUCCUCCUUCUCCCACUUCAAUUCUUCCCACUCUUCCCCAUCACAGUUAAGGGUUUUGUCAACAGCACCAGCCAUAACUCUGGUUAACAAUAGCUGGGGUCCAUGGUAACCAGGGCUUGAAAGUAUGGUUGGCAAACUAUGGUUUCAAGGAGGGAGCAUAGCACCAGCUACUACUCCCACUUAUUCUGUUGUGUAUUUAUCUGAAACAUGUUUUCCUCAGUAGCUUUAAGCAAUCUGCAUACUCUCUGCCAAACCAGAUUUGGCUACAUAAUGAUAUCAUUGAGAGAAGAAGAAGAAGAGGAGUUUGGAUUUGAUAUCCCGCUUUAUCACUACUCUAAGGAGUCUCAGAGCAGCUAACAAUCUCCUUUUCCCUUCCUCCCCCACAACAAACACUCUGUGAGGUGAGUGGGGCUGAGAGACUUCAGAGAAGUGUGACUAGCCCAAGGUCACCCAGCAGCUGUAUGUGGAGGAGCGGGGAAUCGAACCCGGUUCACCAGAUUACGAGUCCACCGCUCUUAACCACUACACCACACUGAGCAAGCGAGGGCAAUGGGGACUGAAAGCAAGUGAGGGCACAGGCAAUGUAAAAUAAACAAGUUGUCAUUUUUACCAGGAGUGCCGGUUUGGGUGGGUGGGGGUGGAAUUACCAAAUUGGUGGUGCUUUCCCCCCUUUGACUACUCCCCUUGCUGUUUGCAGGAGCGGACGUGGUCGACUGGCUUUACACGCACGUGGAGGGCUUUAAAGACCGAAGGGAGGCCCGGAAGUACGCCAGCAGCAUGUUGAAACAUGGCUACCUCAGGCACACUGUGAACAAAAUCACGUUCUCAGAGCAGUGCUACUACGUCUUUGGUGAUCUCUGCGGCAGUAAGUCCCCCUCCUUACGCCCUUUGGGGAAGGGUCUGAUCAGCAAUGGCUUUCCCAGGUCUCAAGUCCUUCCCAGCCCCAGCUGAAGAUACCAGAUAUUGAACCUGAGACCUUUUGCAUGCAAAUCACAUACUCUGCCCCUGAGCCAUAUUGUUCUGUGUGUCUGCGCCAUCAUGGAAGUUCUUUUCUCCUUUCCGUCUCCAGAUCUGGCUGCACUGAACCUUAACAAUGGUUCCAGCGGAGCUUCAGACCAAGACACCCUGGGCCCCCUCCCGCACCCGGCCACGCCUUGGCCCUUGGGGCAAGGCUAUCCUUACCAAUACCCCCUUGCCCCUCCGUGUUUCCCGCCGGCCUACCAGGACCCAGGCUUCAGCUAUGGGAGCGGCAGCGCAGGGAGCCAGCAAAGCGAAGGUAGGUUCUCUGGCGUGUGCAUCCCCCUUCCAUGAUUUCCAUUCCUGCUGGCCGUUUGCUUAGGUCUUCCCUCUCCCCAACCCCUUGGUUUUGUUUUCCUCUCUCCUCUUCUCAUGACUCCCUUUGUCUAUCAUGCAUGGAAUCGGUUUCUUUCUGCUGCAACGUGAAGGAAUGAUUGUUUUAAACGAGCUGCCUGCAUAGAUUCGGUGGCCUGGUUCACAUUAGAUGGCAAGCCAAGCUGUGGUUUAGCAUAUGUGAGUUAGAGGCACAGGUUCCUGGAGUGAAGAUCCCAGCCACAGCAGUCCUCUCCUGAUACUGCUGCACUGCCUGGAGCUAAGCCAUGGUUUUGGUGUAUAUGGUUUGUCUUGCUGCAGACAAACCACAAACUCUAACCAAGGUUUCUUUGGCAUUUACCACUUGUGCUUUGUCUGAAGUGAAACAAACCAUGAGCCCAGGCUUGAACAUAACACUAAGUCAAACCAUAGCUUAGCCCCAGGUAGUGUUGUUGCAAUAGUAGAAAAACAACUACCAAACUUUUAGAAGGCAGCACUGUUUAGGGAAGCUUUUAAUGUUUAAUAGGUUAUUGUAUUUCAGUGUUCUGUUGGAAGGCGCCCAGAGUGGCUGGGGAAACCCAGCCAGAUGGGCGGGGUAUAAAUAAUAAAUUAGUAGUAGUAGUAGUAGUAGUAGUAGUAGUAGGGAGGAGUUCAGUGGCCAUGAUUUUAGCCCAGAGAACCCAUAUGUUUGUAUGCUCAUGCUAAGCCAUAGUUUGGCUCAACAUUACCUGCAAACUGUGUCAGGGUCUCAGCUUUCUAGAGGAGGGAGUAGAGUUGUGUUGCCUAUGUUGAUGGCCAGAUACAAACCAUAGCAGGAUUAAAAAACACCCACUGAUAGCGUUAGUAUUAUAUGUUGUUAGGCUCCAUGCAAAAAUUAAAACAGUCCCUGUCCAUGGGCCUGAUUAUAAUCUAAAGCAAACAUUCACAGCGGAGUCAGUAAUUUAACAUUUCAUAUCUAAAAAUAAGCAUUAUUUUUGGUAAUGACAGAUCAGCUCUGAAAAACAAAACAAAAGGUGAGGUGGGGGGGGGAGAGAAAGGGAACCUGGAUAUUCUGGCUGUCGCCUGUCCAGCCUACCACAUUCCUGUCCAACAAAGACUUAUUUAAGUUUAGUUGCUGAAACAGUGAGUUGGGCUGCUUUUUAAGGUUGCAUCUGCAUCAUUUAGAAAAUAUUUUGAACUUUGCGCGGUGAAUUUGUGCAGCCACAGAGAAUGCCUUCUCCCAAGCCAAUGCCACCUUGAACUUCUGAGGGCAGUGGAAGUGCCAAGCCACACUCACUCUGCCUGCUGUGUUUAACACCUGAGAAGGGUCUGUAGGGAAUGUUUGGGACCUAAGUCAUUUAUACCUCCUCAUUUAAGCAUCUGAAGAACGGCCUUGGUAGGAGACUGUACUAAGCAGGUUGCUAUGAGGCGAGGUGUCCUUUCUUGAAUGCACAGGUGCAAGGGCUAUGCUAUAUUAGGCGCAAAGAUAUCUGGGAAAGUGGGAGCAGAGAGCAUGAUGGGGGUAGUGUGUUGCUUUUCCCUUCACCACCUUCUGCCUAAUAGUGCAUUGCUGCUGUGGCUGCUGCAGUUGUGUGUCAUUUCACUUGAAGCUUUCCCCCCUUUUCUUUUGUAACUGUUAUUCCCUUGUUUUGUCCUGAGCAAGCAUUAGACUGAAGGAUUCAUAAAGGAAUGGCUGGGACUGGUAAGCGUCUCACACACCUCCCUUGAAAACUGAUAUUAUUGCUUCAUAUAUAGCAUGAUCAUCUAGAUUCUUGUGUCUUCCCCCAUUCUGAAACUCUUAGCGUGUCUCUCCUCCCCAUGCUCUUCACUCUGCCCCUCUGUCCUUUUUGUUUCCUUUUGAAUUAUCCUGGGCUGCCCAGCCAUCUGAGCUGGGACAGCCUGCAGAAUAGGAAGCAAAGCUUUCACUGGAGAGUUUGGCUGGAGUUUCCCCAGUGCUGAUCAGCAGAUUGCAGUUUACAGGGUGUCAGAUUCAGUUAAAGGUAAAGGUAAAGGUCUAUUAGGUCCAGUCGUGACCGACUCUGGGAUUGCGGCGCUCAUCUUGCUUUAUUGGCCAAGGGAGCCGGUGUACAGCUUCCGGGUCAUGUGACCAGCAUGACUAAGCUGCUUCUGGCCAACCAGAGCAGCGCACAGAAAUGAUGUUUACCUUCCUGCUGGAGCGGUACCUAUUUAUCUACUUGCACUUUGACGUGCUUUCGAACUGCUAGGUUGGCAGGAGCAGGGACCGAGCAACGGGAGCUCACCCCGUUGCAGGGAUUCGAACCGCCGGCCUUCUGAUCGGCAAGUCUUAGGCUCUGUGGUUUAACCCACAGCGCCACCCACAUCCCUCAGAUUCAGUUAGUAAGCAGGAAUUGCUGAAGUUCUUCAGGACCUUGGAGAGCUCCACUGUGAAACAGACAUUGCUUUUGAUGGAGAUUUGAGCUCAACUGAGCAGCUAGAUGACAAAACUUAGAGCUCUAGAUCUGCUCCCAGUCUGAGAGCUAGCGGGAAUUUAAGGGGACAGAAUGCUACCUUCUGAAACGUCACACAUUCCAGAUGACAUCUGUUUUCUCUUCUUUAUUGAGGAGUGAUGGUCGAUAAAGGGCUAGAGCUGCAGAUCCUAGAGUCCUUUCUUGUGGAGUGUACAUACUCAAACACACACACAAACUCUUUCUCUAGAUCAGCCUUUCUCAACCUGUGGGUCCCCAGAUGUUGGACUACAACUCCCAUCAUCCCUAGCUAGCAAGGCCAGAGCUCAGGGAUGAUGGGAGUUGUAGUCCAACAACAUCUGGGGACCCACAGGUUGAGAACCGCUGCUCUAGAUGGUUCACAGAAUGCUCUUCCCAUGGUCUGGAUCUUUGGCUAGCUUGAGGGCUGUUGGACUGUUGAGAUAAGCUUCUGCUAUCUCAGGCAUCAAAGAUGGAGAACUCAUUGUUCUUCCCUUGCCUGUGUGUGUGUUUUAAUACAAUAUUUCGGAUACCUAAGUACACAGAAUAACUUCUUGCAGCUUGCAAUGAAUCUCUGCAUGAAAGCAACUGCAGCCAAAUACAAACUGUGUGCGUGCCUGGUCAGCAGCUAUGCUUCCUGGAAAGCCACUUUUGAGUCUUCUAAUAGCAAACUUGGAUGGUGAGUGCCAACAGAACUGUAGCUAAGAUGAGGCCGCUCAGAAACAAGAGGGAGGUAUUGGUACAUGCAGAGGUAUCCCAAGGAUUGCAGAAGUACCAAAGACCAAACCAGCCACCCCACACAUCAAAAGCAAACAAACAACUUAUGAGGGCAAAUCCUCCAAGAGACUUGCAUGGCCUUGAAGACUGAGCAUGCUCCGCAGUCAUGCAACAUAGAGUGUCCGUUGGAGAAAUGUGGAAGGCCACGCUUAGAGGGAGCGGCCGGCUGGAACCCUGAACCCAAGCAGGGCUUUUAGGAGGGAGAAUACAGUGCAGCAUUUGAUUACAGGUCCCCACUUCGGAUUUCAGGACAUUUCGAAAUAAACAUUCGUGUGAAUCUUUCUGCAGGGUUGCUUUUCGUUAUUGUUACGAAACAGAAUGCACCCUUUGCCUUUGCUUUUUUUUUUUUUUACCCAAGCUUGUUCCCCCCCCCCCAAAAAAAUUAUCACUUCUCCUUUUUGAAAAUGUUGCUGCGUUGCUUCUACGAGGCUUUCAGUGUGGUUUCUGGACAUCCAUGCAUGACAAAAAGUUACACCCGCUUCUGCCCCGGCAGUUGUGCUCACCCGAGUCCUGUAGCCAUCCAUCGCAUGCGAACCUCGUGCGGGACCUACUGCUUCAUCUGUUAUUUCUUCGCUGCUGAUCGGCAGGCGCCGGUCGGAAGCGUGGGCGACGUGCCACUUGCGUUUCUUUCCCCUUUCACUGACCCCCUUCCCUUUCCUUUCCCUUCCCUCCUUCCCCCCAGGAAGUAAAAGCAGCGGCUCUAACCGAAGCAACAGCGAGAAAAGCCGGAGGACCCUGGCUCGGGAUAAGGACCGCAAGUCAGCCGGCAGUGGCAGCGAAUCGGAUCCUACUGCCCGGAGCGGGGUAGCAGGGAGCGUCCUUCGGCGCGAGCGGCCGGCCAGCCAGCUCAGCCAUCUCAGCCACCACAGCCGCGCCUCUGCUGCCCCCAGCGAGAGGAGCCCACACAGCCGCCAUUCGCACGGGCCUCCGGGCGUUCCUCCGCUCUGCAGCCUCCCCAAGCUGGGCCCCAAAGUCUAUGGGACAAGUGGGCCCCCUGGGGGUCCCCCCGUGCGGGAACUCGCCUCCGUCCCCCCCGAGCUGACCGGCAGCCGCCAGUCGUUCCAGAAGGCCAUGGGCAACCCUUGCGAAUUCUUCGUUGACAUUAUGUGA